CGGAGCAGAGCCUAUCCAAAGCGGAGCCAUUAUCAGAGAAUGCCGGCAUGGAGAAGCCCCUGUUUGCACAACCCCUAACCUGUGCCCCCACUUGCGUUAGCAGGCAAAUAUUUGCCCGAGUCCGACCAAAGUUAGCAUUUCUAAAGAGCCUUCAAAAUACUAGAGAGCCUUCGGCGGCUGUUUUUAACUCCUCCUUGAACUUGGUUCGGCAGAGCAGAGAGACCGGCCACCCAGCCUUUAUGCUUGCCGUUCUCAGGAAAGCAACAAAAUGAAGCCUCUCGCUUAUUUCUUCGUUUUGCUGUUUGCUUUGGAAAUACGGGGCUUUGAUUUCAUCACUGAAGAAAACCCAGAGGUAAGCGUCCAUUUCCACCUUAGGCCGCAACAUUCUAAAUCUACGGAGGAAAACAAGGAACAGGUUGCCUUCAUUUCUCCCUCGGCUCUUUCUUUCUUAUGAACUUUACGCACAAACCUCUUACAGGUCUACGCAGAAGUAAGCCCUGCUGAGUUCAUUGGGGCUCAUUCCCCAGCUAAUAGGAACAGGACUCUGCUGACUUAAUCAGCACAGUUGCUUUAAGUAAGAUGGAACCAAUUUAACCAGCUGGCAGUGCGAUUCUAUACAUAUACCUGAGUUUGCUUUUUACCUCCUCCUCUCUCAUUCCCUUUUCCUCUUGUCUCUUUGGUCAAGUCUCUUAAAUUAUGAGCAUGAGGGCAAGGAUUGCCUUCUCUGUGAUAAGUCGUCCUGGGAGUCUCUUUUCCAGCAGAAGAGUGGGGUGAAAAAGGCUUCUGCUAGUAAUAUUAACACUGAGUGGGCUGUUAUUAUUAUUAUUAUCUGACCCAUUCUCAAAGGACCUCAAAACGGAAUACAGGGUCCUCCUCUCAAUAGCCCUGUGAGGUAGUCAAGGCCAAAAAGUUAUGAUUAGCCGGAGAUCACCCUACGGAACAACAGUUCUCAGAGUGCUUGAAAAAUCCAUCCAUCUUCCCAGUGAGCUCUGGGAAUUAUAGGUCUGUGAAGGAAAUUGUUGUUGUUUAGUCGUGUCCGACUCUUCGUGACCCCAUGGACCAGAGCACGCCAGGCACUCCUGUCUUCCACUGCCUCCCGCAGUUUGGUCAAACUCAUGCUGGUAGCUUCGAGAACACUGUCCAACCAUCUCAUCCUCUGUUGUCCCCUUCUCCUUGUGCUCUCAAUCUUUCCCAACAUCAGGGUCUUUCCCAGGGAGUCUUCUCUUCUCAUGAGGUGGCCAAAGUCUUGGAGCCUCAGCUUCAGGAUCUGUCCUUCCAGUGAGCACUCAGGGCUGGUUUCCUUCAGAAUGGAUAGGUUUGAUCUUCUUGCAGUCCACGGGACUCUCUAGAGUCUCCUCCAGCACCAGAAUUCAAAAGCAUCCAUUCUUCGGCAAUCAGCCUUCUUUAUGGUCCAGGUCUCACUUCCAUACAUCACUAGUGGGAAAACCAUAGCUUUAACUAUACGGACCUUUGUUGGCAAGGUGAUGUCUCUGAAUAGGAGUCUCCCAACAGUUCUCAGCACCCUGAAUGAACUACAACUCCCAGGAUUCCUUGCAGGAAGCCAUGGCCACUAACGUGGUAUAACAAGGCUUUAAAUGGGGCCUCAAUCGGAUGGGGAUUUGUGUUUCUGCAUCUGCGUGUUCUUGGCAAGGGUAUAUUCUCUCGUUAGUAGCCGACUUGUAAAGUUUCGGCACCAUUGCAAAAUUCGGAUAUGUGCAAAUUUCAGAGUUUUAGAUGUGUUUCGGUUUGCAUAUCAUUUUGGAAAGCACAGAUUUGAUAGAUUUAAAUGUGCACCGAACCAAAUGUCUCCUCCAUCCCAAAUCCCAAGCCAACACUCUCUGAUUCUUGAUAGUGCAGCUAGGCAUAACGUUUUGCAGAUCAGUACGCAACGGGAGUGACAAACGCACAUCAAUUGUGCAUCCUGCACAAAGCGAAUUGCUGUUGUCUAGCCAUCUUGGGUUGCUUGCAGCCUCCGUUAGCUUGACCGUCUUCAUUCGCUUUCGGGUGGUAAGUUCACCAUUGGUGUGUCUUGAACUGAACACAUACCUUGCUCCCCUGAUCUUGGCAUUGGUUUUUUUCCUAGGAUCUGGUUGAUGUGAAGAUUGAUGGGUUCUCUGCGAGAUCCGCUCUGCACCAUGGCAGAUACCAGGUACAAAUUGCUCACUUAUUUACUUAUUUUACAAAGCACAGAAGGGAAAGACGUAUAAUGAAGAGGAGGAGAAAAACAGAAUAGAUACCUUGCAAAGCAAAUAAUUUUCUUAGAAGACAUCUGCAGGCAGCCCUGUUUAGAGAAGUUCUUAAUAUUUGACGUAUUAUUGUGCUUUUAAUUUUCUGUUGGGAGCUGAUACCCCAGAUUGGCUGGGGAAACUCAGCCAGAUGGGCGGGGUAUAAAUAAUAAAUUAUUAUAAUAUUAUUAUUACUUAAAUCCUGUGAGGUGAUCUGCUCUUGGAAUGUUGCACUCCCUCGAGUGGUUUUUUCUUUUUCUAACAAACAUUUUUUUACUUGGUUUUUAAACAAAUGCAAAUGCAAGAACCAUUAAACACUUUUCCAGCAGUACAUCUAAUGAAGUUUGUUUUAUCCAUUGUCUCUAGACAUACACUUACAUAUUCAGCAUUCAAACAUAUCACUCAAUGUAACCCCUGCACUGAGAAUAUUGAACGUUUUUGUAUAAAAAAGUCUUGAGAUUUCGGUCAUUAACAUAGUUAAAGAAAGGGGACCGUGUUUCUUGAAAGGUGUCUCUAUUCAUUAUGCCUUUAAUGGCCCUCCUAUGUCUGGUGAAAGGGACGUGGGUGGCGCUGUGGGUUAAACCACAGAGCCUAGGGCUUGCCGAUCAGAAGGUUGGCGGUUCAAAUCCCCACAACAGGAUGAGCUCCCAUUGCUCAGUCCCUGCUCCUGCCAACCUAGCAGUUCGAAAGUACAUCAAAGUGCAAGUAGAUAAAUAGGUACCGCUCUGGCGGGAAGGUAAACGGCGUUUCCGUGCGCUGCUCUGGUUCGCCAGAAGUGGCUUAGUCAUGCUGGCCACAUGACCCGGAAGCUGUACGCUGGCUCCCUUGGCCAAUAAAGCGAGAUGAGCACCGCAACCCCAGAGUCGGCCACGACUGGACCUAAUGUCCAGGGGUCCCUUUACCUUUUUAUGUCUGGUGAGAUGCUCAGACAUUGCUAUAUCCCAGAUAUUAUUUUCCCAUAGUAUUUCAGUCUGGUUCUUCCGUUGCUGAGCUAAUCGUGCUGCGGUCAGUUAGAAGCCAACUAGUUUGCUGUGGCGCAGGCUGGAGCCUAAGUCUAUGUCCAAAGACAGUUGGGCUAAGGCAGGAUUCAGAGAAAUGGGUUGGCCUGUAAUUGCAGGUAUAAUGGAGAAUACUCUAUCCCAAAAGUUUUCAAAGUAAGGGCAUUCCCACCAUACACGAAUAAAUGAAUCAAGCUUGCCACCUCCAGUGCUGCAGGUUCUCUGUUUCUCAAUGCCAGAUGCAAGUUGGACGGGCGUUGUUGUUGUUGUUGUUAUUUUAUACCCCGCCCAUCUGGCUGGGCUUCCCCAGCCACUCUGGGGAAUCAGCUCCCAACAGAAAAUUAAAAGGACAAUAAAACUUUUUUCUGACCUACUUUGGAGGCAUCUGACUGGCUAUUGUGAGAACAGGACGCGUGACCUUGUGUGUCUUCUGAAGUUCUUUAGGUUCGUACAUUCACACAAGCUUUGUGUGCCGGAGGGCUCUGGGUCAAUUCCAGUUAUAAAAGGAUCAGCUAGAUGAUAGACCUUCCUCUGCCUGAGACUCUGAACUUCUGCAGAUCAGUGUAGACCAGUGUAGACCAGUGUAUUACUGGUCUAGGUGGGCCCCUGGUAUAAGGCAGCUGUGUAUGUUACUAUUCAUUCAACCAUUUUUAACCCAAGGUAUUUAUACAGGGAUACAGGGCCGGAUUUAGGUUUGAUGAGGCCCUAAGCUGAUGAAGGUUAUGGGGCUGUCCUUUGUCAACAACAAAUUGUCGCUGUUUUUCGUGUCGAAUAUAUGCCAUAUGGUAAUUUAUGGACGUAAUAGGUAUCUAAAGCCAUUUGCACAUAACAAAAUAUGUAUUUUAUCAAAGUAAUUGUGGAACUGAAAUACAAUUAAGAAGAAGUAUAUUAACAGUGAAAUACAAUUAAGAAGAAGUACCGGUAUAUUAAUAGUGAAAUAAUUAUUAAGCUCUAACUUAAAAUGAUUUUUUAUCCAUAACAAACUUAAUAAUGCAAACACAUUGGCAUUCGGCAAUAACAAAAGUUCCUUUCGAAACACAAUUUACAAAGACUCAUAAGCUAGUCUCUAGAAACUUGCUAUAACGUGAAAUAAUAAUUGCAAACCAGUGAUUUUUUUAGGGAGCAGGCUAGCAGGUGGAGCCCAUUACUUACAUCAGGCUUCCUCAACCUCGGCCCUCCAGAUGUUUUGAGACUACAAUUCCCAUCAUCCCUGACCACUGGUCCUGCUAGCUAGGGAUCAUGGGAGUUGUAGGCCAAAAACAUCUGGAGGGCUGAGACUGAGGAAGCCUGGCUUACAUCAUAGGAGCCUACACAACACAAAACACUGUUGCUGUUAUGUAGGUUUUAUUUUAUUUGUUUUUUAUCUUAUAUUUUGGAAAUGUACAUCCAGGUUUUUUUCCUUAAAUUUUUUUUGGGGGGGGCCAAGAGAGUGGGGCCCUAAGCUGUAGCUUGUUUAGCUUAUACGUAUAUAUGGCACUGUAUUUAUACAAGUAUGAAGUCUAAGUCUUGGUUCUCAUUUUAUUCAACUCUCCCCCCCCCCCACACUCCCCAGAGAAGCACAUCCGGUGAUGACGACUCAGGAGAAUUGGUGAGCCUGCUUAUUGAUUUUUCCUCUUUCUCUUCUAUAAUUUCCUGCCCCCCCCACCCUCAACCCAGUUAACCAUUAGCAGGAGAUCAAUCCCACUGUUUGUUCAGAGUCCCCCCCACCCAACCAACCCCUUGAUCUAGGUACCAGGAUAUUAACCAGCUAGGGUUUGGAAACAGUUGCACAAUAUUGUCCCAGGAGGCUGGAAUGCAGAUUGACAAAGCACCUCACCUCGCGGGGAGCACAUCAAAAGCCACUUGUAUUUUUCUUUCCAAAACAUAAUUACAGGAUAUUACAGUCUUUUGUUAUUAGCCUGCAAUCAAUAUAUUUUUAUACGCCAUUUUAUUUUAAUAUGCAAUCUGUUGUGUGACAUCACGUAUGUUUGUAAGACCACUGAUUUUAUUUCUAUCUUGCAAAACUGUAGGUUAACUUGUGGGCUGUUGUUUUUUACCAUCUGAUCUCACCCAUAAUUGUCACGUACGUUCUAUAUUUUCUGUAAACAGCUUAGAGGUUUAGAUGAUUGUGCCUGUUGAAUAAAUAGGCACCUGGGGUGGCAGUGGCUCGAUUUGGCUCUCGGCGCCUUCUCAUGUGGCUAGUCCUCAUUUCGGGACCCCUCUGACGGCAGAUCCAUCUCUACUUUCACAAACAUUCUCAUGAUCACUCAUUGCUGGGGCUGGUGAAUAUAGAGGCACGGUCAGCUCAGCUGAUGAUCUCUAGGCUUGACUGAUUCAGGAAAGGCUUCUCAAAACAAGUGCAUCACUUGGCAAACCUUCCCCAAAUCUCCCCACCCUAGAGAUAAUAAGCUGAGCUGACCAUUCCCCAGGGCCAGAUUUAGGUUUGAUGAGGCCCUAAGCUACUGAAGGUAAUGGGGCCCUUUAUAUGUGCAGCUGUCCUUUGUCAACAACAAAUUGUCACUUUUUUUGUGUUGAAUAUAUGCUAUAUGGUCAUUUACGGACCCAAAAGGUAAAGGUAAAGGGACCCCUGACCAUUAGGUCCAGUCAUGACCGACCCUGGGGUUGCGGCGCUCAUCUCGCUUUAUUGGCCGAGGGAGCUGGCGUACAGCUUCCGGGUCAUGUGGCCAGCAUGACUAAGCUGCUUCUGGCGAACCCGAACAGCACACGGAAAUGCCGCUUACCUUCCUGCCGGAGCAGUACCUAUUGAUCUAUUUGCACUUUGACGUGCUUUCGAACUGCUAGGUUGGCAGGAGCAGGGAGCAAUGGGAGCUCACCCUGUUGCGAGGAUUCAAACCACUGACCUUCCAAUUGGCAAGCCCAAGAGGCUCAGUGGUUUAGACCACAGUGCCACCCGCAUCCCUUUAUGGACCUAAUAGGUAUCUAAAGCCAUUUGCACAUAACAAAAUACGCGCUCCGUUACUUCCGGGUCGCUGCAGAGUGCAACCCGAAAGCUCUCAGCCUGAAGCAUAUUUAUCCCGAGGUAUGACUGUACCACUGUAUUUGGAGUUGCACCUGUCCCUUCUCUGACUCCUGUCGAAAUCUGUUGAUUCCUCCAGGUGGCGGGCGAUGACAACAUAAUCCUCCAUAGCUACAAGGUCCAGUCCACCAUCACAUCUCGACUGGCCAACACGAUGGUGCGGACCAAAGUGGAAAACCGAGCCAGGCACCCACAGAACCUGGUCUUCGAUGUUCAGAUCCCAAAAGGAGCUUUCAUUCACAACUUUACCAUGUAAGUAAGAGCUGGCCUGGUUCCACCAGCUGGUAUAUGUGCAGGUGACUGUCUGCAGCCGGAGUGGGGAGUCGUACCUCGGAAGUCGAACAGAAUCUGUUCCGGAAGUCUCUUGGGCUCCCGAAACAUUCGACUUCCAAAGCGUGGCUUCUGAUUGGCUGCAGGAAGCUCCUGCAGCCAAUUGGAAGCCGCGGAAGCCCCGUCGGAUGGUCGGCUUCCAAAAGAAUGUUCAAAAAACGGAACAAGUACUUCUGAAUUUUGAUGGUUUGGGAGUCGAGAUGUUUGACUCUCAAGGCGUUUGGAAGCUGAGGUAUGACAUUAUUAUUAUUAUUAUUAAUAAUAAUAAUACCCCGCCACUCUGGGUGGCUUCCAGCGCCGAUAAAAAUAAAAUGAAAACCUACUUUAAAAAAAACUUGAACCAGGCAUGAACUAGAGGUUCCUGCAGAAAAACAGACACCACUUUUUAAUUUUAUUAAUUUAUUUGUAUGUGUACUGCCCUUCAUCCAAAUAUCUCAGGAUAAAAAAAUACAAAACAAAAAACAAAAACAAAAUACAUAACAAGAACAAAACAAACCCAUACCCACCCCCCUCCCACAAGCACAUUUAUUUCAAAAAAAAAAUCCGAUGGCACAUUAUUCCACAUCCUGGGACCUGAGGCAACCACCACCAUUCUCCUUUCAGAUCACAAUCGUUCUUUAGAGGUAUUUCUCGUGCUGCAGUGACAAAGGAAUUCCCCUGCAUUCCUCACACCUCCACUACCAUUCCCCAUCAACCAACGAGAAAAGAAAUCACCUUUGAGAACUGUCAAAUUAUUGUCAGAGAAAUUUUCAUGGGAUUUUUGUCAUGCUUAGCUUAUCAUUCCAGGAGGCUGAGGGACACAUGGAUGAAAUUUUGUGUGUGUGGUGAUAUCAUUUUUGGAUAUAUAUAUAUAUCCAAAAAAUAUAUAUCCAAAAUAUAUAUAUUUCUAAAAAGAAAAAGUAGAAAGAACAAGAAAAUUCCCCUCUCCUGCUUCCAAGUGCUUUGCGGCUGUUGAUAAGAUUCCUUGUUUGUGACUGGCUUUCUGCCCCUCAGGAAUGUCAACGGCAUCACAUUCACUAGUUCCGUGAAGGAAAAAUCUGCAGCCAGAAGUCAAUAUGCCCAAGCGAGAGCAAAAGGCAAAGCGGCAGGAAUAUUGAGGUAUGAACCUGACUAUAAAUAUAUAUAUAUAUAGUGAUGGACUAGGAGCUGGGAGACCAGGGUUCAAAUCUACACUCUGCCAUGAAGUUCACCAGGUGACCUUGGGCCAGUCAGUGUCUGUUGACCAACCCUACCUCACAGGGUUGUUGUUUUGAGGGUGAAAUGGGGAGGAGGGACCUUGAGGUCCUUGGAAAAAAGGUGGGAAUCAAAUGAAUAAAAUUUAAAAGGAGGAAUUCUCUCCUUGAGGGCCUCAGUCUCCAAAACCCAAAGGCCCGUUUUAAAUGGAUGGAAAAUUGGUAGAAAGGCUUAUCUCUCCCAGAAGUAUUGGCCUCUGGGGGAGUGGGGAAUCUGUUGCCGAUCAAUGCCUUAUAGAACGUAUUUCUGUGGAACGCCAUAGUGAAACAUCUACAGAAAUGGCUUUUGAAUAAAAAGCGCUGGUCACAUUAAUGGGCAACAGGUGCCCCAGUUAACAUUAGACAUGGCAAGCUGAGCCUGCAACAAAUAACUACCGGUUUAUCCUCACCUUCGAACAGGUGUGCAGACUGCCAGCCAGCCAGCCAUUCCCUGUUCCAGGAUACUCCAUUCCAUGCCCCCUUUCCAUGGCUACAAUGCUCAGUUUUGUUUUGGAGGGGGAAUGUUACCCCUUAGGGCUUUUAAAAACAUGUCUUGUAGUUCUGCAAACCUCCCGAGUUCACUGCCAGAGUGAUAUUUAGGUCUGUAGCCUUCUUGUUCAAAGAACUACCACUAUUAUGAACUGUUUGAGAGAUUUCUAGGGGCAACUGGCUGACCACCGUUGGAAACAGAAUUCUGGCCAAUAUUGGUCUGAUCCACAUAGGCAGUCCUUAUAUUUGAAUGCCAGAAGGAUGGCAAAGAACCAGCUCAUUGAUUCCCGGUUCACAUAAGCUUAUUUUUAAUAUGGCAGAAGCACAAGAUGUUGGCUUGUCAGGGGACUGGUGAACCAGUCCUCCAAAAGUCUCAGAGCAAUCCUUGUGUCCUGGCUUCACCCACCUUUUAAUGAUUUUCUGGCACGUGACGACUCAUCAUGUGGAUCAGUGUUAUCCUGAAUCCUCAGAUGCUGCUGGACUACAACUUCCAUCGCCCCCUUGACUGUUGGUGAAAUCAGCUGGGGAUGAUGGGAGUUGUGGUCCACCCAAUCAGCUGGGAAUGAUGGGAAUUGUAGUCCAUCAAAUCAGCUGGGGAUGAUGGGAGUUGUAGUCCACCCAAUGAGCUGAGGAUUAUGGGAGUUGUAGUCCACCCAAUGAGCUGAGGAUGAUGGGAGUUGUAGUCCACCCAAUGAGCUGGGGGGUGAUGGGAGUUGUAGCCCACCCAAUCAGCUGGGGAUGAUGGGAGUUGUAUUCCACCCAAUCAGCUGAGUAUGAUGGGAGUUCUAGUCCGCCAAAUCAGCUGGGGAUGAUGGGAGUUGUAGUCCACUUCUGGGGAACUCCGACAACGAACACUUAUCUAGAAGAUCUUGAGAUGCCUGGAAGCUUUCCCAAGCCUGGUGCAACAUAUAUGAUUAGCAGAGAAGGUUAAAUUGGUUAUCAAAUCAAAUAAAAUGGUUGUGUGGAAGAUUUGUUUUCUGAUGAACUGAAUGGAAAAUAUUUUAAAGUGCAGAGAUUUUUUUGAGAUGUUUGGGGUCCUCUACCUGCCCCUGUCUCAAUUUACUGCUGGCAUUUUGGUGGCAUGUUAAGGGCUAGGGAGUUUCUCCUCCCCUGUGUGUAUUGAUGACUGAAUUCAGGAGCAACACCCUGGACAUGGAGAACUUCAAAGCUGAACUCAACGUGCCAGGAGGAACCAAAGUCCAGUUUGAAAUCCAUUACCAAGAGCCAAUUCGGAGGAAGCUAUCGACGUACGAACAUGUUAUCCCCCUUCAGCCAGGCAGGCUGGCCAAACACUUGGAGGUAAAGCGAAAAGACAGGGUUGAAAUUGUGGGUUUGGAGCACCACUUUAAAGACUUAGUUAAUUUAAUUUGCGGUCAUAUUUCAUCAGAAAUCUCUCAACAAAAAGGAAUCUGUGUAACACAACACGAAUUCCGUGUUCAAACCAAAGGAAUGCUUGUGAGAGCCAGUGUGGUGUAGUGGUUAAGAGCAGUAGACUCAUAAUCUGGGGAACCGGGUUCGCGUCUCCGCUCCUCCACAUGCAGCUGCUGGGUGACCUUGGGCCAGUCACACUUCUCUGAAGUCUCCCAGCCUCACUCACCUCACAGAGUGUUUGUUGUGGGGGAGGAAGGGAAAGGAGAAUGUUAGCCGCUUUGAGACUCCUUCGGGUAGUGAUAAAGCGGGAUAUCAAAUCCAAACUCUUCUUCUUCUUCUUGUGCUGCUGCUACUACUGAUUUUAUGAAAUAAUUAAAAAAACACUAAUUGCAAUUCCACAUUUUAAGUGCCGCAAAUAAGCAUCUCUGAACAAUGUACACAAAACAAAACACAAAUAUAAAUCAUGCCCAAUUAUCAGAAUCUAUUAAGAUGCAUCAAAACGCAGCGUAAUUUUGAAGCCAUCCUAAAUCGAAGAUUCUUCCUGGCAUGCUUUGGAAAGAUGCACCGCAUUUUUCUAGAGAUGUUCCUGCUAUUUCACUGUUUCUGUUUGUUGCUUCUAAACGCCUCUGCGCUGUGUGACCACAGGUGGACGUUCGCAUCAUCGAGCCUCAGGGCCUUCACUUUGUCCAUGUCCCCAGUUCACUUGGAGACCAGUUUGAAGGUGUCCAUACCAUCUCCAAAGGAGAGAAAAAGGUAAUGGGGACAGUCUCCCUGUGGGGAGAAACAGAGCUGCUGUUGGGGCAGGAUUCUGGGGGCGGGAGCACAGGGCCCCACACAGCAGGAGAAGCAGGAGGGACCCACAAAAGCAAACGGGUGGCUUUCCACAUUUUGAAGGAAGUGCUGUCCCCAUCUAAAGAGGAACCCCUCCUUAAGACCACAAAGUCCAGACUGGUGAACCUCAGAAAUGUUAGAAACCUGGAAGGUUGAGGGGCAGAUAAAAGAAAGUACUUUUUCAUGUAGUGCAUAGUUACACUAUGGAACCCCCUCAUGAGGCAGUUUUGGAUGGUUUUAAAUAAUGUUUAGGCACAUUCAUUGAGUUUAAGGCGACCAGUGGCUACUAGUCAUGGUUACUAGUCAUGAGGGAUGCGGAUGGCGCUGCGGUCUAAACCACUGAGCCUCUUGGGCUUGCCAAUCAGAAGGUCGGUGGUUCGAUUCCCCGCAACGAAGUGAAAUCCUGUUUCUCUGUCCCAGCUCCUGCCAACCUAGCAGUUCGAGAGCACGCCAGUGCAAGUAGAUAAAUAGGUACCACUGCAGCAGGAAAGUAAAGGGUGUUUCUGUGUGCUUUGGUUUCCAUCAUGGUGUUCCAUUGCGCCAGAAGCAGUUUAGUCCCGAGUUUGCCUAUGCCUGUUCUAUAUCCUCCACAGUUUUGCAGUGGAAGGAAAAUUUGUUUUGAUGUUAAAGGGCCUAAUCCAGACUGAGAUUGCAGUUGGAGGGGGAGGAAUAAAGCCCCUGUAACUGAAAUCCCAAUCUGGGAUUUAUUUAAACCCAUGCAUGCAUAAAAUUGCUUGUUUAUCCGAACGGCACUGCAUGAAACCAUCCAGAGAAUAUAACCGAGGGGCACUGUAAAAACAUUUAGGAUAGACAGAUAGUUGUUUUUUUAAUUCUGCGUCAUCUGCAAAUGCAGGACUGAAAGGGGAAAGGAGAGCUUUUAAAACUGCCCGCAGGUUUUGCAUUCAAAUUAUAGCUGUGGUUUAUGCAAAUACAAGGGGACACAGGUGGCACUGUGGGUUAAACCAAAGAGCCUAGGGCUUGCCGAUCAGAAGGUCGGCGGUUUGAAUCCCCAUGACAGGGUGAGCUCCCGUUGCUCGGUCCCUGCUCCUGGCAACCUAGCAGUUCAAAAGCACAUCAAAGUGCAAGUAGAUAAAUAGGUACCGCUCCAGCGGGAAGGUAAACGGCGUUUCCGUGCGCUGCUCUGGUUCGCCAGAAGCGGUUUAGUAAUACUGGCCACAUGACCCGGAAGCUGUAUGCCGGCUCCCUCGGCCAAUAAAGCAAGAUGAGCACUGCAACCGCAGAGUCGGUCACGACUGGACCUAAUGGUCAGGGGUCCCUUUACCCUUUACCUUUAUGCAAAUACAAUCCGUUGCAUGAAAAUGCCUCACUUAUGCCAUUGUGAUCUUCCUUCAAGGCUCAUGUGUCCUUCAAACCAACAGUGGCGCAGCAACGAAAGUGUCCCACCUGUUCUUCUACAGCAGUCGAUGGCCAUUUUGUGGUCACUUAUGAUGUCAACAGAGACAGCAAAGCUGGCGAACUGGAGGUACAUUAGCUCUGCAGAUGGGGAGUGCUUUAAGGAGCAUGCUUAGAAAUGCGGGCUAGAUAGUCGUCUAUCAAUUGGACUCUCUGGCACCAAAGCAAACGGCUUGGGGAGACACAGGCUAAAAUAUUCCAUAGGAAUGAGCAAGCCAUAACUGCUUAUUAUUUCAAUUUCAUGACCCGCAAGGGUUGCCAGAAGUCGUGCCCAUUUCAGAACUUCCAAAAAUAAGUUCCUUUUCUAGGAAAUGAAGCAGCUGGGUUCCUUCUUCUUAUUUUGCAGAUCUUCAACGGGUAUUUUAUCCACUACUUUGCUCCUGAAAACCUGGAUCCCCUGCCGAAAAACAUCCUCUUUGUGAUCGACGUCAGCGGUUCGAUGUGGGGAUUGAAAAUGAGGCAGGUAAGUGGCAGAAGCAGCAAGACAUCUAACGUGGGAAGGUGUCUUCCUUUGGAUAGGAGAUGGUUUCAUUGUUGCUGCUUUUUUAAGAAAUAUGGGGCAGGGGAACCUUUUUCCAGCCUGAGGGUGGCAUUCGUUUCUGAUCUUGCCAGAGGCAAAAUUUUGCAGAGCUUCAUGAAAAAGACCAAUGGAAUCAGUUUGACCUUGUGAAAGGUAACGUGUGUUUGGAGGGGAAUAAAACACUGCAUGUCCAGAUUAUUUAAAGAAAUAUUGUUACAGUGGUACCUCGGGUUAAGAAUUUACGGUACAGUGGUACCUCGGGUUACAUAAGCUUCAGGUUACAUAUGCUUCAGGUUACAGACUCCGCUGACCCAGAAAUAGUGCUUCAGGUUAAGAACUUUGCUUCAGGAUGAGAACAGAAAUCGUGCUCCGGUGGCGUGGCGGCAGCAGGAGGCCCCAUUAGCUAAAGUGGUGCUUCAGGUUAAGAACAGUUUCAGGUUAAGAACAGACCUCCAGAAUGAAUUAAGUACUUAACCUGAGGUACCACUGUAAUUCGUUCUGGAGGUCCAUUCUUAACCUGAAACUGUUCUUAACCUGAGGUACCACUGUAAUUCGUUCUGGAGGUCCAUUCUUAACCUGAAACUGUUCUUAACCUGAGGUACCACUGUAAUUCGUUCUGGAGGUCCAUUCUUAACCUGAAACUGUUCUUAACCUGAGGUACCACUUUAGCUAAUGGGGCCUCCUGCUGCCACCGCGCCACCGCCAUGCGAUUUCUGUUCUCAUCCUGAAACAAAGUUCUUAACCCGAGGUACUAUUUCUGGGUUAGCAGAGUCUGUAACCUGAAGCGUCUGUAACCUGAAGCAUCUGUAACCCGAGGUACCACUGUAUAUGAUGAACACACAAGCAGGAUUUGAAGUAUGAACAACAGAAGGGAUUGAAGAUUCCAGGAGUUUUGUUGAGGUUUAAGAGAUAGAAGACAGAGCACAGCAGAGGGAGAGGAACAGAAACACCUUGGAAUAGGGGGUUGGGAAGUCGGGGGGGGGGGAGUUUUUUAUUAUCAUGUAUUGAAAUGUAUGUGUGAAAAUUGGGAAAACUUAAUAAAAAACUUUUUGGGGGGGUCUUUUAACAAUGCAAUAGCUUGAUACAAGAAUUAAGAUAAUGAGCUGUUAACGGUUCAGGGUUGUUUAUUUUUUCAUGCCUCUAAGAGGUUUUUAAUGGAAAGGGAAAGUGCGCAUCAGGGUUUAUGAGAUUCCAUAGGAGUUAACACUGGGAGACCAGGUGCCAUCUCUGCAUACCUGUAUCCCUGAAAUAUAAACAGAUGCCAGAGGGUUUGCGGCAUGUCAGGUGUCCGUGCAUCAGCCAGGGUAGGCUCUGACCCAUUAAAACUAAAAUUUAUCCCCUAAUAAUGAAAAAUGUAGUCCAUAAUCUUAAACACCCUUACAAGGGAGAAAUCUCCACUGAAGACAGUGGGUUUUGCAUCUGAGAAAAUAGGCAAGGGAUUGCAUUUGAGGUCAUCAUCGCCGCAAUUGUUGAUGGCCACAUAGCUCACGAGAUGAAGAAAAUUGCACAAUUCGCUAAGUUGCAAAAUAGAACAAAAUUUAGUAUCUGCCAGUCGUUUUAGGCAAUGCAGUGCUACAAUUGUAAAAUGGGUUAAUAUUCUAUGGUUUUACGUUAUAGUGGACGCUUGGGUUGUGAACGUGAUCUGUGCGGUAGGCACGUUCGCAACCCGCAAAGCCCGCAACCUGCAGCGCCGCGUCUGCGCAUGCGCAGGUUGCGCUUCGGCACUUCUGUGCAUGCGCAAAGCACAAUUUAUCGCUUCUGUGCAUGUGCAAGCACCAAAACCCAGAAGUAACCCGUUCUGGUACUUCCGGGUUUCGGCACGUCCGUAACCCAAAAACACGCAACCUGAAGCGUCUGUAACCCGAGGUAUGACUAUAUAUGAAUGGAGAGUGGCAACCAUAGUUAUCACUGCAACGGUUCAUUUUACAGACGGUUGAAGCCAUGAGAACCAUCCUAGGGGAACUCCGCUCCGCGGACCAGUUUUCAGUCGUCGACUUCAACCACAACGUCCGGUGCUGGAGAGACCAAUUGGUGCGAGCCUCCAGAUCAGAGACAGAAGCCGCAAAGAAGUACAUUGAGGGGAUCCAUCCCAAUGGAGGUGAGCAUGGUACCAAAGUAGGUUUAUGGAAUGCAUCAUAGAAGCAAUUAGAGUCAGAGGGAAUCUUGCAGAUCAUCGUGCACAAGCCCUUGCUCAGCACAGGAAGCUUCAAACCACAGCAUUGCUGGUAGGGGGUCAUCUAUCGUCUGUUUAAAUGCCUCUGGUAAAAGAAACCAUCACCUCCCAAGGCAAGCUCUUGCUUUUCAUGUUCAGCUGAAAUCUGUUUCCAUUAAAUUUGCAUUACUUAGAUCCCUGGAUCAACCGUGAACUAGUCCAAUCCAUCUUCUCCAUGACAUCCUUUUCCGUUUUUGAAUACAUCUCACUUUAAUCUUAUAUUCCCAGACUAAACACGCCCUGCUCUUGAAAUCUCCAGUGCCAGAUGGAAUAAUAGCAAAAUAUUACAAAAAACCAAGUGAGCAGCUGGUGAAGCCUUUGAAAGGCACAAUGAAUGAGAUUUUAAAAACAGGAGAAGUUCUGGAAACAUGGAAAGAGGCCUAUAUAACUUUGAUACCAAAGCAAGAUUUGGAUGUGACGUUAGUAAAAAAUUAUAGGCAGAUUUAUAGGCAGAUCUCAUUAUUAAAUAAUGAUUAUAAAUUAUUUGCAUUUGUAUUGGCAAAUAGAAUGAUUUUUCUAAAAAAUAAUUCAUUCAUCAUGACCAGGCUGGAUUCCUUCCAGGCAGACAAAUUAAAGAUAAUAUCAGAAAUGUAUUGAAUAUUAUAGAGUACCUGGAAGUGAGAAAAAAGCAGCAUUAAUGUUCGUAGAUGCAGAAAAAGAAUUUGAUAGCGUUUCUCAGAGCUUCAUGAAGAGGGUGAUGGAGGAGAUGGGAUUUGGAAUAAAUUUUAAUAGGGGAAUGCCCACCAUUUGUAGACGCCUCACCAUCUUGGGUAACCCCCUUUUGCAGGACAUGCUCUUGUUCAGCCUUCCCCAACCUGGUGCCCCCCCCAGCUGUUUUGGACUACAGUUCUCCUAAUUCCUGACCAUUGGCCAUGCGGACUGGGGCUGGUGGGAGUUGGAGUCCAACCACACUGGGGAGGGGCAUCAUGUUGGGGAAGGCAGCCCUACUUCACCAAUAUAUAUGAGAGAAAAAUAAGCAACAGAGUCUCAUGCAUGCAGUUGGAGGCAGCAAGGCUUCUGAAUACCAGUUGCUGGAAACCAGAGGAUGAGGAGGGUGUUAUUGUGCUUGAGUCCUGCUUGCAGGUUUCUCACAGUCAUCUGGUCAGCCACUGUGAGAAUGGGAUUUUAGUUUCUGUUUGCCACUGUGCAGCUGCUUGGAGUCACAGGACUCUGUUUACAUUCCAGAGACCUUCUAGGCUGUUGGAAGUCUCACGGGAGACAGGAUGUGACGUUAGUGGUUUCCUGUUCCUUUGUUCCUUAGUUGUUCAAUUGCUCUUUGCUUUCAUAAAGAGAGGAUGUCUUUUCUGUCUGCAUAGCUUAGAAAUAAAACUCUUUGCAAUGUAGCCAUAAAUCUCAUCACUUCCGCAUGCUGCUGGAAACUCCUCUUAAUGGGAACGUGCCUGAGGCCUCAUCAAAGGCUCAGGUCGUUAAUUAUUCGUCGGAGGUGAUUCCGAAGGCUUGGCCGGAGGAAAAUGAGGCUUUAUCAGCUUGGCAGAGUGGAGAUGCCGACAUGGGAUGCUAGACUUCAUGGGUCUCUGGUCUAAUCCAGCAGCCUCUUCUUGUGUUCUCAUGUUCUUGGGACCCACCUGCACUACAAGGAAGCUCUAUAACAGGCACCCCCAACACCCUCCAGAUGUUUUGGACUACAAUUCCUAUCAUCCCUGACCACUGGUCCUGUUAGCUAGGGAUCAUGGGAGUUGUAGGCCAAAGCAUCUGGAGGGCCACAGGUUGGGGGAUGCCUGCUCUAUAAUCAUUUAAAUACAAAUUGAAUUGUAAUAGUUUCACCCAAAGAAUCCUAGGAUUUGUAGUUUGUUGAGAAUGCUAAGCAUUAGCUCUACUCUCGGGAUGAUUUGGGAGUGAGUGAUCGUAGAAUCAUGGAAUGGCAGGGUUGGGAGGGACCAUGGGGGUCAUCUAGUCCAACUUCCUGCAACGCAGGAAUCUUUUGCCCACCGUGGGGCUCAAACCCACAACCCUGAGAUUAAGAGCCUCAUGCUCUACCGACUGAGCUAUCUGCAGUGAUGAUCUAUUAAAUCAGAUUAUGUACACAGUAUACUUGUAAAGCACAUUUGAAGCGUGUUCCUCCCCCUGAAAUAAUUUUAGCUGCUGUAGUUCAUUAAGGGUCACUGGUAAUUGUAACUUGAGGAGGAGGAGGAGGAGGAGGAGGAGGAGGAGGAGUAAACUAUUGUACUCAGAAUUCAGUGCUCCAAAAUUAAGGGUCCGAAAGCCCCACUAAAUACUAUGCCUGCAAUACUACGCUCACUUACCUGGAAGUAAGCCCAAUUGAACUCAACUCAUUGAAGCCGCAUUGAACUUGGCUUUACUUUUGAGUAAACAUCUAUAGGACUGCUCUGUAACUCUCCCAUUGAUUGGGGGAAAUAGGGAUGUCCUUAAAUUCAAUAGGAUUUAAAUGCGCCUAUUUCCCUCUGUAUCUGUCUGCUUAUUGCCUCUUUCUCAUUUUUUGAAACAGGAACAAACAUCAACGACGCCCUUCUCCGGGCCAUCUUUAUUUUAAAUGAAGCUACAAGUCUAGGAUUGUUGGAUCCAAACUCUGUAUCCAUGAUCGUGCUGGUGUCAGAUGGAGAUCCUACCGUUGGUAAGAAUCCUGCGGCUACAAUGUGGUCCUGCUGUUGUUGUUUAGUCGUUUACUCGUGUCCGACUCUUCAUGACCCCCUGGACCAGAGCACACCAGGCACUCCUGUCUUCCACUGCCUCCCACAGUUUGGCCAAACUCAUGCUGGUAGCUUCGAGAACACUAUCCAACAAUCUCGUCCUCUGUCGUUCCCUUCUCCUUGUGGUCCUAAACAUGACUAACUAGCCUGUGGCACCACUGAGUUCAGUGAAACCUGUUGCAUGCAUGCAUGCAUGUGCACACACAAUAUCCUUUCCAUUGCCCAUUCAUGAAUAUUUGUUCUCAUGAUGCUAUUGGGGCGGUCAAGCGUUUGGGAGCAGGGGAGAGAUUGUCUCACUUUUAUUGUGCUAUAUCUCCUCUGAAGAGCAAUAAUGUGGUAGCAUUGGGGAGAGCAUCGCAGCACAAAGGAGGUUUUUGGGUUGGGUGGCCAGUCCAUCAGGGAUUCUUUAGCUGUGAUUGCAGGGGAUCGGAAUAGAUCAGGGGUCGGCAAGGUUUACCUCACCCGGGCCGGUUCACACCAGCGGAGAUCCCUCCAUGGGCCGGACUGUGAGCGCCAGUGAUUUCCAGUGUCUGCAUCUUCAUCUGCGCAGACGCGAUUUCCAGUGACUGUGUCUGCACAGACACAUUUAGCGCAGCACGCGGGGACUCGCCGAGUGGGUGGCUCGGUUUGGGGGCAGCUCGUGGACCGGUUAAACGACCCACCAUCGGCCGCUUGUGGUCCAUGGGCCUUAGGUUGCUUACCCCUGGAAUAGAUGAUCAAUUAAUCAAUCAAUCAGUAGCUGAACUGGGUUCCACACAGUCAUAAAAACAAAACAAAAAAGAGCCACAAAAACGCAAAGUAGAUAGCAAAAACAGACAGCGUAACACUCAAAACAGAAGUGCGGCACUCAAAUUGGAAGCACAACGCUCAAAAUGGAGCACGUUCAGCUUCCGAAAAAAGUUCACGAACCGGAACACUUACUUCCGGGUUUGCAGUGUUCGGGUUCCAAGUUGUUUGAGUACCAAGGCGUUUGAGAACCAAGGUACCAUUUCACCAAGAAACAGCAUCUUGAUUUAUUCUUUUCCUUCAUUUUGGGACUCACAUGCAACACUUUAAUGGAACAGUCCUGGGUGAAUGUGACCAUUUCCUUCUUUUCCAUUCCCCAUCAGGAGAACUUAAGCUGCCUACAAUUCAGAAGAACGUGAAGAAGAACAUUCGGGACGAUAUCUCUUUGUUCUGCCUUGGUAUCGGAUUCGACGUAGAUUAUGAUUUUCUGAAAAGGCUGGCUCAUGAAAACAAUGGCGUUGCCCAGAGGGUUUUUGGGAACCAGGAGACCUCAUCUCAAAUGAAGGUGAAUUUCCACUCUCUCUCCCCAUUAUACAAAAUUUCAUGGAACACAAAGGAGGGUGAGAAUGAAAGGAAAACAUGACACAUCCAUCCUCUUUACAAAAAUCAUCAUCAUCAUCUUAUCAUCUGGUUAUCUGUUAAAUUAUCUGGAUUUAACAGAACCAAAGACUUGCAAGGGUUGUUGGAGGACAUCUAAACUAACUUCUUGCAGGUGCAAGAAGUUCAGGGUCCCUGAACAGAUGGCUAUCCAGCCUCUGUUUAAAAAUACAUGGUGUGAAAGUGACCCCGUCAACUCCCAAGGCAAUCUGUUACACUGUUGAACAGCUUAUACAAUUAGGACCUUUCUUCUAAUAGAGGUGUUUUAGCUUGAGGGGCCAGAUAACUGUGACAAGUUGGUGAGGCAAACCCACCUGUCCAUCCCAUGACAUUCAGGUGUCUCACGAUUGGCAGGUGGGUUGUCCUAUCUAUCUGUUGAAAUCCCCUGCCUGUGGUUUUCAAACACCCAGCAGCCAGCUAGUUGGCUGUUGAACACUUAGGAAUCACGGCGCAAAGGACAUUAGCAGCAGCAGGCUUAUUGCUAGUUCACGUUAGCUGAAAAAGGGACAGGAGAGAGCAAGAAGCAAGCAGUUGUGCUUACCUGGUUUAGCUGGCCAGUUGAAUGGUUGCACACUAAAAAUAGGACACCUGGAGGAACCCUUACAAAAAAUAACUUUUAUAGAAUGAAUGUAGAGGGUCUUGACUAAAGAUCUUUGAAUCCCAUCUUCUCCUCCCUGUCCCCAGUUCCCCCACUGCUGUUCUGUCCUGUUCUUCUUAGGAUACCAGACUCCCAGUACAUUUCCGAGCACAAUUCAAAGUGCUGGUGCUGACCUUUAAAGCCCUAAACGGCCUCGGCCCAGUAGACCUGAAGGAGCAUCUCCACCCCCAUCAUUCUACCCGGACACUGAGGUCCAGCGCCGAGGGCCUUCUGGCAGUUCCCUCCCUGCGAGAAGCCAAGUUACAGGGAACCAGGCAGAGGGCCUUCUCGGUAGUGGCACCCGCCCUGUGGAACGCCCUCCCACCAGGUGUCAAAGAGAACAACAACUACCAGACUUUUAGAAGACAUCUGAAGGCAGCCCUGUUUAGGGAAGCUUUUAAUGUUUGAUGCAUUACUGUAUUUUAAUAUUUUGUUGGAAGCCGCCCAGAGUGGCUGGGGAGGCCCGGCCAGAUGGGCGGGGUAUAAAUAAUAGAUUAUUAUUAUUAUAUUAUUAUUACUAUCUUGCACAUGCCUGAUGCAAGUUUCUCUUAAAAACCAAGCUGUCCUCACUUCUCCUCCUCCUUGGGUUUUGCAGAAAUUCUACAACCAAGUCUCCACGCCACUUCUCAAAAAGCUGGAGUUCAACUACCCGCACGGAAUGGUGUCCGAUGUCACCCACAACACUUUCCAAAACUAUUUUGGAGGCUCUGAGAUUGUGGUAGCAGGAAAAGUAGACACUGAAAACGUGCAACACUUGCAGAGUAUGAUUACAGCCACUGCCGUGAGUAUAGUGUUUGCCCAUUUAUCUCUUUCCCCAGUGCAGAUGUUUAUGCCACUGUGGGGAGCUUUCUCAGUAGGGGUGGGGGGUGAAAUUUGAAUCAGUUUUUUAUUUACCAGGUGAACUUACCUAAUUCACAGUUCCUGAAACGAUACGCAAACCAAAUUGCAGCCAUCUUUCAAAAUUCACAUCUGUAAUGCAGUUCUCCAGCUGUUGCAACAUGUACAGAAAUGCAUAGACUAGGCAAAACAUAUGUGAGAUACGUAUCCUAGCAAAAAUAACAUGCAACAGAUGCAUUUUAUUCGGGGGAAAUUGCUUGCAAAAUUAAGUAAAUUAGCCAAAAUUGCAUAUAAAAAUGUGCAUAUAUUAGGAGCAAUUCUCCCUAAAAUGCUGAAGGAUUUUAUUGAGGACUUUUAAAAUCAGGAAUUCCCAAACCAAUGUGGAAAUGUGAAAAACUGAACUUUUGAUCGGAAAAUGGAGAAACUGGAAAUGGACCGAUUUUCCCAUUCCUGUUUUUGAAGGAUGGGUAAGAAACACUUUAACUGCAUCAACAUAGCACCUGAGGGGAAGUUUCUCACAAAAGGUCUUUGUAUCGCUCUUAUUUCUCUUCCCCAUUUUUAGUCCAAUGCACAGCUGGUCUUGGAGACUCUGGCCGAUGUUGAGGGACUGGAUGAGUUCCUGAGCAAAGAUAAUCAUGCAGACCCAAAAUUCACUGAAAAGCUGUGGGCCUACAUUACCAUCAACCAACUGAUGGCGGAAAGGUGAGAAGGAAAGCAUUCAGUGGAUUUCCUAGAGCCUUCCCGGAAGAGAAAGAAUUUCUGUAAUUCUAGCUCUGAAAUAAUGCUAGUUGGGACCCAGUACUAGUGAUUCUGUGUACUGUACAGUUAAUACACAUUCUGUGGAGUGGGAUAGUGACUGGCUCAGUUUAAAGGCAAACUUGCUUAAAUCACCCUUUAAGAAGCGCGGGUGGUGCUGUGGGUUAAACCACAGAGCCUAGGACUUGCCGAUCAGAAGGUCGGUGGUUCGAAUCCCCGCGAAGGGGUGAGCUCCCGUUGCUCGGUCCCUGCUCCUGCCAACCUAGCAGAUCGAAAGCACGUCAAAGUGCAAGUAGAUAAAUAGGUACCACUCCAGCGGGAAGGUAAACGGCACUUCCGUACACUGCUCUGGUUCUCCAGAAGCGGCUUAGUCAUGCUGGCCACAUGACCUAGAAGCUGUACGCCGGCUCCCUCGGCCAAUAAAGCGAGAUGAGCGCUGCAAUCCCAGAGUCAGUCACGACUGGACUUAAUGGUCAGGGGUCCCUUUACCUUUAAGAAGCAACAUGCAAACCAAAACAGUUUGAGAAAUUCUCCCCCCCAAAAUAUAUAUAUAUAUAUAUAUAUUCACAAAUGGAUAUGGAUAUGAAAGGGAGAGAAACAAAAUUUGACAGAUUCACUCAUCCCUUGGUAGUGGAGAGGGUUCAUAGAAUCACAGAAUCAUAGAAGGGAAAGGAUCCUGAGGGUCAUCUAGUCCAACCCCUGCAAUGCAGGAAUCUCUUUUAAAGUAUCCAUGACAGAUGGCCAUCCCACCUCUCCUUAAAAACCUCCAAGGAAGGAGAGUCUGCAAGCUUGUGAGGGAGACCAUUCCAUAGUCAAACAGCUCUAACAGUUGGAAAGUUCUUUGUAAUGUUGAAUCGGAAAUCUCCUUCCUUGCAACUUGAAGCCAUUGGUUUGAGUCCUACCCUCCAGAGUAGGAGAAAAGAAGCUUGCUCUAUCUUACAUGGGGCAGCCUUUAAGAUAAUUUGUUUUUGUACCACCUAGAAACCUGGCCACUACGGCUGCCCUGAAAAGGAACAUCACAAAGAAGAUCUUGCAGAUGUCUUUGGACCAUCACAUUGUGACCCCAUACACAGCAAUGUUGAUUGAGAGCCCAAAUGGAGACGAGCUGAUGUUGGCUGACUCGCCCCAAGACCGCAAAAGAGGGUGCUGCCCAGGUUGGUUCCACACUAUUCCCAGUUGUCAGGGUACGACACAGCGCUACAUAGGUCUGUAGGUAAAGGACGUGGGUAGUGCUGUGGUCUCAACCACUGAGCCUCUUGGGCUUGCCGAUCGGAAGGUCGGCGGUUCGAAUCUCUGCAAUGGGGUAAGCUCCCCUUGCUCUGUCCCAGCUCCUGCCAACCUAGCAGUUUGAAAGCACGUCAAGUGCAAGUGUGCUGGUCCUGUGGGUUACCUGAGAGGCAAGGUCCAAGUCCGGUCCGUGGUCAAAGGUGCAACGUGGAGGUAGUCCGUAGUAGCUGAAGCUGGGUACAGGGCAGGGAGUCAGGUGAAGUCAGGAACAGGCAUGCAAGCAGGGGGCCAGGGCCGGUCAGAAGCUCUGGCAGAAAAGCAGGACAGGGUUCAGGCAAGAACUAGCAACCAACAAUGUUGCUCCCGCAACUUGGGACUGGGGCUGGCUGGCUUUUAUCUGCCCCGAUCCUCUGGUGACUUGCCUCUCCUGGCCUGGAGGCGAGCACUCCUCCUGUGAGAACUUGGUUCCCUCUGCUUCUCUGCCCUGAGCCUCUGCAGCUCAGGAGAGGCUGGAGGGUUACCGGACCCAGAGGCAACCUCAGCUUCCUCUGACAGGGCUGAGAGUGGAGCACCUGCAGGCAAUGGGUCCUCCAUCACCUCAGGAGCCAGAGCAGACUCGGCUGGUGCCUGCACCUGAGGAUCCAGCACAGGUGAGGACCCUUCAGGCUCAGGCCCCAGCCCCUGCUCAGCUGGUUCUGGAGGCGGGGACUCCUGUGCAGGCUGGGAUCCCUCAGGUUCAGCAUCCGAGUCCGAAUCCCAGGCCAUCACACUAGGUAUCGCUGCGACGGGAAAGUAAACGGCAUUUCCAUGCGCUCUGGUUUCCGUCACAGCGUCCCAUUGCACCAGAAGCAGUUUAGUAAUGCUGGCCACAUGACCUGGAAAGCUGUCUGUGGACAAACGCCAGCUUCCUCGGCCUGAAAGCGAGAUGAGCGCCACACCCCAUAGUCGCCUUUGACUGGACUUAACCAUCCAGGGGUCCUUUACCUUUUCAUAGGUCUGUUGUAAUUUCAUUCCCUUUUUCUUACAGGUGCUUUAGCUGUUGGCCACCCCAAGCCUGAGAAUUCCAUCCCAGCUUGGGCCAAGCCCACAUCCGGGGCAAAAGAUCCUUCAUCUCUCCUCAUGGGCCCAACGGCAUCAGCCAUACAUGCCGGUAAGAGAAAAUGGGUCUCUGCAUUGUGCUCACUUGCUUCCCCCCCCCCCCGCAGUGACCAUAUGGGGGAGGAGAGUGCAAAACCUAAAGACAGGGGAAGCCACUGAAAUUUAUUAAGCCCAUUGUGAUUUAGCCUGGAGAAGAGAAGGCCGAGAGGUGAUCUGAUAGCCAUCUUAAAACAUCAACAAGGCUGUCAAAUGGAGAAAGCUUAUUUUGCGCUGCUCCAAGGGGUAAUAUGUGAACCAAUGGAUGCAAAAUCCAAGAAAGGAGAUUCCAACCAAACCUUAGAAAGGACUUUCUGAUGAUAAGAGCUGUUCAACCAUAGAACGGUCUCCCUUGGGAGGUUAUGGACUCUCCUUUCUUGGAGGUUUUUAAGCAGAGGUUGGGUGCCAGCAUUGCUUGAGUUGAGAUUCCUGCAUUGCAGAGGGUUGGACUAUCAGGGGUCAGCAAACUUUCUCAGCAGGGGGCUGUUCCACCAUCCCUCAGACCUUGUGGGGGGCUGGACUAUAUUUUUUGGGGGGAAAUGAGUGAAUUCCUAUGCCCCACAAAUAACCCAGAGAUGCAUUUUAAAUAAAAGGACACAUUCUACUCAUGUAAAAAUAUGCUGAUUUCAGGAAUGUCCACGGGCUGGAUUUAGGAGGCAAUUGGGCCGGAUCUGGCCCCCGGGCCUUAGUUUGCCUACCCAUGGACUAGAUCAUUAUCAGUCCCGUAAGCCACACAUUCCAUGUCUAGUUCUGGGCCCCAGAAUUUAAGAAGGAUGUUGACAAGCUGGAAGAGGAGGGUGACCAAGGUGAUCAAGGGCAGGGGUAGGAUGUGGCCCAAUCACCUUCUCAAUCCGUCCCGUGGACGGUCCGGGAAUCAGCGUGUUUUUACAUAAGUAGAAUGUGUGCUUUUAUUUAAAAUGCAUCUCUGGGUUAUUUGUGGGACAUAGGAAUUCGUUCAUUACCCCCCUCCCAAAAAAAAUAUAGUCCAGCCCCCCACAAGGUCUGAGGGACAGUGGACCUGACCCCUGGACUAGAUGGUCCUUAGGGGUCCCUACGAUUCUAUGACUUUAUUUGCUGCAGAGUUUUGUCUGUGGGUUAGUAGGGACGCAGGUGGCACUGUGGUCUAAACCACAGAGACUAGGGCUUGCCGAUCAGAAGGUUGGCGGUUCAAAUCCCCACGAUGGGUGAGCUCCCGUUGUUUGGUCCCAGCUCCUGCCAGCCUAGCAGUUUGAAAGCAUGCUAGUGCAAGUAGAUAAAUAGGUACCACUCCGGCGGGAAGGUAAACAGCGUUUCCAUGCGCUGCUCUGGUUCGCCAGGAGUGGCUUAGUCAUGCUGGCCACAUGACCCGGAAGCUGUACUCUGGCUCCCUCAGCCAGUAAAGCGAGAUGAGUGCCGCAACCCCAGAGUCAUCCGCGACUGGACCUAACGGUCAGGGGUACCUUUACCUUUACCUUUUUCGUCUGUGGGUUAAGGGGAAGGGAUCGCACUAUGACUCUGUGGCUGACCCAAUGCACAGUUGAGGCACUGGAUGGGCAAGGAUGGUGGGCAGGAGGCUGCUGAGGGAGUCUUGCAGCAGAUUAAAGGGCAGCAUCCAUGAGAGGUUCUUGCUCAGUACCAGCCGGUACCAGCAGCACAAAGAGGGGGGCAGGAGUGAAACUGAAGGUAAACACAGGAAGCUUUGAGAAAGCAAGAGUGAAGAAGGAGCCAAGAGAAGGUGGAAGGGAACAGGACAGGCUGUGAAAGAAAUUAGGCUGCCCCAAGGAGCCUACUGGAAGGGAGGAAGAGGGAGAGAAGGAGAAAGGGGAGGUCUGUGGUGGCUAGAAGCGGACGCUAUGUAAAGAGGAGAAGUCAGAAACUGGCCAGGAAGGCUGAAUGAAAACAAAUGAACAGAAUGUUUCCAGCGGUGAAAAGGAGUAACAAAACUCUUGAAAUAAGACCCACCACCACCACCUGCUGGUUCUCUGAAGGGGGAGAGACCACCUGUGGUUCUGAGGACUCCUGCAACGUUAGCCAGGUAGCAGCUGACAUGGGUCUUACAAUGCCUGGGUAUUUUAUUUUUAUUUAUUUAUUGCAUUUAUAUCCCAGAGCUCCCUAGGAAGAAGGAGUGAUUGUUAAUCCACUCUGGGAACUGUAGCUCUAAGAGGGGGAAAGGGGGUCUCCUCACAAGUCUCAGCAAACCCUCAGCAAACUACAGUUCCCAGGAUGCUCUGAAGAGACGACUCUUUGAAGCGUUAUUGUUAUGUACUGAGUUGAAUAGGAUCCAGAAUGCAGCAGUCUGAUUGGUCCUAGAACAAUAGGAUCCAGAAUGCAGCAGUCUGAUUGGUCCUAGAACAAUAGGAUCCAGAAUGCAGCAGUCUGAUUGGUCCUAGAACAAUAGGAUCCAAAAUGCAGCAGUCUGAUUGGUCUGCAGGAGCCACCCAAUCCAACUCCUGGUGGAAGUUAAUCCACAACCUGAUUGGCCAACAGGAGAAUCCCGGAAUUAGCCAAUCACGUGGGGCCCAUUGUGUAAAUAAUGUAUGUAAAGCAGACAUUUCGGGGGAACUUGCAUUCGUCACUAUGAGCUGAAUAAAGAGCAUGAAAUCCACACUCGACUCCGAGUAUAUUUCAGUUAUAUUACCUCUUUCUUUCUUUCUUUCUUUUUUAAUUUUAUUUAUACAACAAGAAAAACAAACAAACAAAAAACACAAAUACCGAAUUACACACAAAUUACAAAAAUAACCAUAGACACUUAAUAUUCUUAGCAAACAAUAAAACAUCUAUUGGUCUUAACACUAAAGACCCAACCUCCCGUCUAUUCCAUACUUCAAAUUCAUAUUACUUAUUGCCAAUACCCUUUCUUUGACAUAAUUAAACAUCUUCUCAUUAAAUCUAAUUUCUUAUAUCUACCUUGCAACUAUUACUGAAGUUCCUCGAAUGCUGCAACAGAAUUUAAACUACUAUAUUUAUUUUUCAGAUAUUCUUUAAAAACCUCCCAUUUAGAAACAAAUUCCUGUUUUGAUUUAUUUUUUACUGAUAAACCAUCUAAUUCAGCAUAUUCUGUCAGCUUUUGGAUCCAAUCUUGAAUAGAGGGGAUUUCAUUACUCUUCCAUUUUGCUGCGAUCAAAACUCUUGCUGCCGCCGUCGCAUAUAAAAAGAUACCGUUCCUCCUUUGUGGAAUAUCCAAAUCUGUUAUUCCCAGGAGGUAGGCCUCUGGUUUUUUAUUGAAAGAGAUCUUUAGCAUUUUUUGCAGUUCUGCAUGUAUACUCUCCCAGAAUACCUGUAUUUUCCUACAUAUCCACCACAUAUGGUAGAAUGUUCCUGAGUCUCCGCAUCUCCAACAAUUACUUGAUACAUUUUUAUACAUUUUUGAAAGCUUCCAUGGUGUUAGAUACCAUCGAUGUUGCAUUUUUGAAAGUUCUCUCUAAUCGUGUAACAAUUUGUGAAUUUCCAAUUGAUCUUCCAUAAAUUUUCCCAUUGGGCCAUGGUUAUUGAGUGGCCAAAAUCCUGGGACCACCUCACCAUUGCCACUGUUACCUCCUCCUCCUCGACUGUCCAGUCAAGGAGGAGUCGGUAAGUUUUGGAAAGAGUUUUUUUUUUAGAAUUUAGAAGAUCAGAUUCGAAUCGGGAAAUUUCUGUUGAGAACCCCUUUUGUUUGUCAGAUUUAAAUUUUUCAAAUAACUGAUGGUAUUGGAACCAGUCUGAAAUGUGGUCUCUUAUUUCCUCAAAGUUUUUAAAUUUUAUUUGGUUAUCUUCAUUUUUAGAAGUUAUUUUAUAUGUUGGCCAGCUUUCCUGAGUAUUUUUCCGUUUUACUGCUAUGGCUUCUACUGGAGAAGUCCACCACGGGACUUUAGGCUCCAUCAGGUCUUUAUAUUUUUCCCAUACAGCAAAGAGUGACUUUCUUAUUAUAUGGUUGGUAAAGUUUUUAUGAAUUUUCGCUUUUCCAUAUAUUAGGUAGGCGUGCCAUCCCCAACGGUUGUCAAAACCUUCCAGGUCGAGGAGGUCCGAAUCCUGCAACGUGCACCAAUCUUUUAGCCAGGUGAAACAUGCUGCCUCGUAGUAAAGUUUUAGGUCGGGUAGGGAAAAGCCUCCUCUCUCUUUUAUGUCUAUUAAGAUCAGGUGUUUAAUCCUAGGUUUCUUCCCUUCCCACAGGAAUUUGGAAAUUUCUCUUUGCCAUAUCUUGAGACAACCUGCUUCGCCCAGUAUUGGAAUCAUUUGAAAUAAAAAGAUUAAUUUUGGAAGUACAUUCAUCUUUAUAAUGGAAAUCCUACCCAGAAAUGUUAAUUUUAGUUUACUCCAGGUUACAAAGUUUUUUCUAAUCUCUAACCAAGUUUUGGUGUAAUUAUCCUGAAAUAAGUUUAUGUUCUUGGGGGUGAUCCAAAUACCCAGGUAUUUCGCUUUUGAGGAGAUUUUCAGGCCCAAUAUUUUUUCUAAAUCGUCCUUUUCUUCUGUGGUUACAUUUUUAACAAGCAUUUUUGUUUUUGUUAUAUUCAGCUUGAAGCCUGCCACUUCUCCAAAUUCUUUAAUCAAUUCCAGCACUCUUUUCAGACUUUCUUUAGGGUUUUCAGUCAUAACAAGUAGAUCGUCCGCGAAAGCUUUAAUUUUAUAUGUUUUGUUUCCCAGAGUGAUGCCUUUAACAAGCUGAUCCCUUCUUAUCUGAUUGUUCAAGACUUCCAUCACCAAGAUAAAUAUCAGUGGUGACAGUGGGCAGCCCUGUCUGGUUCCCUUGUUUAUUUUGCACUCCUCAGUAAUUCUUCCAUUGAUGAUCAAUUUUGCAUAUUGUUCCGAAUAGAUGGCAUUUAUUCCUUUACAAAUAUUUUCUCCCAGUCCGAUUUCUUCCAUUAAUUUUUUCAUAAACUUCCAGGACACAUUAUCAAAAGCUUUUUCAGCAUCCACCAACAUAAUAGCUGCUGGUUUAUCAAUUUUAAUAUCCAAAUAUUCUAAUACAUUAAUCACACAUCUAAUAUUGGAUUGCAUAAAUCGUCCGGGAAGAAAUCCAGUUUGAUCUUUAUGAAUUAUCUCUUUCAGCACCAUUUUUAAUCUAUUUGCAAGAAUGUCUGUGAAUAUCUUGUAAUCGUUGUUUAGCAGUGCAAUGGGUCUAUAACUGGCCAUGUUUGAGGCAUCUGUUCCCUGUUUGUGGAUAAGAGUAAUAAAGCUGUCCUUCCAGGUUUUCGGUAGCUUUCCAUUUGCCAAAAUGUUAUUCAUUAGGUCUUUCAUGGGAAGAAAUAAUGCUUGUUCUAACUUUUUAUAGUAAUUAGCUGGGAGACCAUCUGGGCCUGGUGUCUUUCCUACUUUUGAUCUCUGUAUAGCUUGUUGCACCUCCAUAGCUGUUAUUGGUGAGUUCAAGAUUUCAGUUUUUUCCUUAGGUAUUAUUGGUAGUUUAUUUUUGCCCAAAUAAUCAAUUAUUUUUUCUAGAGUCUCUGGGCCUUCUUUAUAUAGUUUUCCGAAAAAACUAGCAAAGUUUUUACUAAUUUCCUUCGGUUCUUGAAUCCACUUGUCUUCAAUUUUAAUUUUAUUGAUAAUUCUAUCUUCCUUUUUCUUCUUUAAUUGCCAGGCCAAAAGUUUGCCAGGUUUAUUUGCAAACUCAAAAUUUCUAUGUCUCAACCAUUUUAUCUUCCAUUCUAUCUCUUCAUUUAUUAUCAUGGAGAAUUGCGUCUGUAAAAUUUUUAUACUUUGCUUAAUUAGUUCAUCAUCUGGUUUUUGGAAAAGGAUCCUUUCCUUUUUUCUAAUUUCCUCCCAUAUCUCCAUUUUCUUCUUCUCCCUUAUUUUCCUUUGGAAUGCGUUUUGUUGGAUAAAGAAGCCUCUUAUGACGGCUUUACCCGCAUCCCAAACCAUCUCUAGAUCUACUCCUUGAUUUGAAUUGAACUUAAAAUAUUCUUCUAAGAUUUGCUUGGCCUUCUGUACAGUUUUUCCAUCAUUUAGCAUACUCUCAUUAAGUUGCCACCUUUUAACCUUUUCUUCUUUUCCUUUAAAGUUAACCCAGACCGCGGCUGUGAUCUGAAAUUGUCCAUGGAUGAAUUUCUGCUUUUGUAAUAUUAUUUAAUAAAUCCUUUGUUGUCCAGAUCGUGUCGAUUCGUCCCGCCGAUUUGUGUGGCUCUGAAUAAUGUGUAAAUUCUUUCUCCGUUGGAUUCUUAAACCUCCAAGCGUCAAACAAAUUCAGGAGUUCUAUUAAUUGGAAAAAUGUAGUUGGGAGUUUGUUCUGCCUCUUUUCUUUCUUCUUUAUUGUUCUGUCCAUGUUUGGAUUGACUACUCCAUUAAAAUCUCCUAAUAAUAUAAUUUCCCCCCCUAAAUAUUCUAUGACUUUUUCUUCCAGGUAUUGAUAGAAUUCGGAUUUUCUUUCAUUUGGUGCAUAAAUUCCAAUAACUAUCACUUUUUCAUUAUUGAUCUUAACCUCUAUAAUCACUGUUCGACCUUUUUCAUCACUGUAAAGCAGUUUUGGCUCCAGCUGAGGUUUUACAUAGAUUACCACCCCUCUCUCUUUUUCUUUACUUGAUGUAAUAAACUCAAGCCCCAAUCUCUUAUUUAUUAAUACUCUUUUAUGUUUUUCCGCUACAUGGGUUUCUUGCAGACAGAUUAAAUCAUAUUUUUGCUUAACCAGAAUAUGUUCCACCUUGUUCCUUUUUGAUUUUUCAUAUAGACCAUUUACGUUCCAAGUAAUAAAUUUAUAAUCCAUACUUUAUUUCUUAUGAUACGUCAACGGGUUUAAAAAAAUAAAAUAAAAAAAUUACACAUUCAAGGUCUCAGUCUACGUUUAGUAAAUUCCCUUCUUAGAUCUGUCUCCUAACUCUCAACUGUUUGUUCAAUUUCCUCUGAUUCUCCCAACAAUUGCCUUUUUCCUCCGAGCUCUUUCCGAUACUUUCUCCAGAAUUUAUCCGCAUCUAGUGCCAACAAGCACUUUCUACGUUUCCCUUUAAAGAAAAAGGAGAUGCCUUCAGGGUACUCCCACCUAUAGUCCACUGCCUUUGCCUUUAGUGCCUCGGCCAGAGGUCUGUAAGCUUCUCUCUUUUUUAUCAACCAAUUUGGGAUAAUCUUAUGGACAAUUCCGAUUGGAAUUUCUUCUUGUUACUAGCUUGUAAAAUUCUAUUUCUGAAAUCCGUAGAAUUUAAAGAGACUAAACAGUCAGCCGGCCAGUUAUUUGCUUUUGCUACAUUAGAUUUGACUCUGAAUGCUUUUUCUAUUUUUUGUGCUACUUCUGCUUCUUCUAGGUCUAACCAAGCUGCUAGCUCUUUUGAGAUUUUUUUCUCAAUUAUUUCCUCUGCGUCCUCUGUUAGUCCUCUGAAUCUUAGGGUAUUCUCCCAUCUCUGCAUUUGCAACAUUGCAAUAGAGUCCAAAGUUGAAUCUUGCUGCGCUUUCAGAUCUGCUGUUUCUUUCCUUAUCUUAUCACAUUCCCUUUUCAACUCUCUAUUUUCAUUUUGUAAUUUUUUCUGAGCUUCCUCUAGGUUCUGUGUUUUACUUUUAAGGUCUAGCACUAUUUUCAUUAGUUCUGAAUUUUUUUGUACUAAAUUGUUGACCUGAGUUGAUAACUCAGCUGCUAUUUUCACAUUUUCAUCUAUUUUAACUCCCAUUGAAAUAAGUUUUUCUUCUGUUGCUUUUGCCUUUUCAUUUACAUUAUUUUUUAAAUCUUGGAUAUCUUUCUUCAAACUUAAAAUUAAUUCUCUCAUAUCUAGUUGUUGAGCCAUGUCAAUUACAGAAGUUCUCCUGGUUUGUGAGACUGAAACUGCCGCAGAACCUGACACAGUUGUUUUUUUACCAUACAUCACUAAGAAAUUCAAUUAGCUCACUAGGUAAUUUGUUCUCUUUCUUUCUGUCUUACAGCUUGGAUAUCAAUUAAAUUCAAUCUUUCUUAAUACAAUCGUAACAAUAUUUCCAAUGUGAUAAUUAAUGAAUGUCAAUUAAAUUCAAUCUUUCUUAGUACAAUCACGACAAUUUUACCAGUCUGAUAAUAAUCUCCGGCCUAUGUAUCCACUAAUUCUUUAUAUUCACCAGUUUCACUAAAUAUAUUUUAAAUUGAUUAUGAACAAUUAUCUAAUUAAUUACAGCCAAGCAUCAAUACAGCAAUAUCACAAAUUCAUCAGAUCAAAUAAAUAAAUAUAAUAAAUGGUUGCAAUCCUUGCGUUCACUUACUCAUUCAGGGUAUAUUACCUCUUUAAAUGUAUAGUCCGAUAGAAAAGCUGAGAGUUGUUAGGAGACACCCCCCCAUUCCCUUCACAAAAACUACAAUUCCCAGAGUUCAUUGUGAGGAGGGAUAGAUUGUUUAACUACUCUAAGAACUCUGUGAGGGGAAAAGGGGUCUCCUAACAACUCUCAGCAUCCUUAACAAACUACAGUUCCCACUAGGGAGAAAAAUGUCUCUCUAUCCCUUUCACAUCAUACAUAAUUUUAUAUGCCUCUCGUACUUUAAACGAAAAAGCCCCAAACACCUGAGGGAAGGGAAGACACCUUAGGUAGCCAGGAUCCACAGGGGCAGCAGAUCUCAGUGUAGAUCUUUAUUCCACCCUCUCUUCCCUGAGGUGGGAGAACAGGGACCAGAGGGAGCGCCAUUUUGUUUUUUUCGCCUCAGGUGCCAAAAUGUCUUGGGCCGGCCCUGCCAAAGAUUUCCUCGCUGUUCUUUGAUUUCCUGUUGGCGGAACAAAUGCAACAAAGGCUUGAUCUUUGAGGGGGCGCUAAAUGUUGGCUUUGGCUGCUCUCCCACAAAUAGUGGCAAAGAGUGUCAAAAUACUCCUGUUAAGUAUUAUUCGGAACAGCGUGUCUAUCUUCUGGUACAGUGGUACCUCGGGUUAAGAACUUAAUUCGUUCCAGAGGUCCGUUCUUAACCUGAAACUGUUCUUAACCUGAGGUACCACUUUAGCUAAUGGGGCCUGCCACUGCCGCCGCUGUGCGAUUUCUGUUCUCAUCCUGAAGCAAAGUUCUUAACUUGAGGUACUAUUUCUGGGUUAGCAGAGUCUGUAACCUGAAGCGCCUGUAACCCAAGGUACCACUGUAUUGGGGAAAAAAGAGGAUUUGAGCAAGCAACAUCUACACUGCCCUAUGCUCAGGAAUGAACCCAAACAAUUAAAGCCCUGUGUUUCAAACAGUAUCAGUAAUAUCCAAGGCAACACGAUGACUAAGUACAACAAUGUGAUGUCAAUAUAAACUCUUUAUAUAAUCUAUACAAUAGAUACUCAUCAAGAGUGCAUAUUUUGUGACUUUCAGAGAUUUAUAAGAUUUCUGUUUAUUUUGUUUUGCAGAGAGUGCAUAUUUCAUACUGUUUAAUGUUCUGUAUAGCUUAUAUAGAGAGUUUAUACUGACAUCGCAUUGUUGUACUUGGUCAUCGUGUUGCCUUGGAUAUUACGGGAAUGAACCCAGGCAGAAUCUGGCAUUCACUGGCUGUUCUUCACCAGAUAUUCAUUUCUUGUGGCAAUCUGGUUUAAAUCCUUUGCUGGAUCCUGGGGGUUUUUGCAGGGGAAAAGGAAGCGAGAAGCUAAACUGGUCUGAUCCCAGUGGCCCUGCUGGCUGAGCUUUGCAAGGUGUUGUCUCAGCAAGGAGGCGGGGGCCAUCUGAGAAAUGUAGGAGCCAAGGGAGCUGGCAAAAGAAGUCUGAUCAUUGGCCCAUUUGGUUCAGUGUUGUCUACACUGACCGGCAGUAACUCUCUCCAGAGUUUCAGACGGGCUUUAAAGGACCAUCAUCUGACUUCUGUUAAGGGUUUUGAACAGUGCAGAAUCGGCACCAUUACUGAUGCCACAAAGUCAUACGUAAGAAAUUGAUUCUUUUAGUGUGGCGGUGCCUGCACUUUGGAACUCACUGCCUAUUGAUAUCUGGCAGGUGUACUCUUUUUGGCGCAUUUCUGUUUUAGACAAGCCUACCCGGGCAUCUGGGACGCGGGUGGCGCUGUGGGUUAAACCACAGAGCCUAGGACUUGCCGAUCAGAAGGUCGGCGGUUCGAAUCCCCAUGAUGGGGUGAGCUCCGUUGCUCCUGCCAACCUAGCAGUUCAAAAGCACAUCAAAGUGCAAGUAGAUAAAUAGGUACCACUUCGGCGGGAAGGUAAACGGCGAUUCUGUGCGCUGCUCUGGUUCGCCAGAAGUGGCUUAGUCAUGCUGGCCACAUGACCCGGAAGCUGUACGCCGGCUCCCUCGGCCAGUAAAGCGAGAUGAGUGCCGCAACCCCAGAGUCGGUCACUACUGGACCUAAUGGUCAGGGGUCCCUUUACUUUUACUUUUACCCGGGCAUCUAGAAUGCUGGUGUGUUCUUUAGUUUAUUGCUGCUUUUCAUUUUUUGAAUGUUCUGUCUGUUUCACUCAUAAUUUUAUUGAUUUGUCCUUUUUGUAAACUGCUUUGAGGUUGUUGUUUGCAAUCAAGCAGUGCAUAUAUUUCAUGAAAUUAAAAAUAAAUAAACAACGGAACCCGCUGAGCUUUGCCCACAAUGGGGCACCCAGUUUUGUCCGAGUACUGCUGUUUAAAAACAAACGUGGGGAAAGCCUGACUAAUUAUAUGCAAAAUGGUACAGAUACAAAAGUAUAUUAUAUGUACUGAAGAAUCAAGUCCCAUGUAGCCCUACAGUCCUGCAACAUAAUUUCACAAGUAUUAGCACAUAUGCGUUUUAUAUGUGUAUAUGCCUUGUUGUUAUGCAUCUUUCAAAGUGCUGGUUUCUUUCAGGAUAACUGGAGUGUAUAAUAUUAUAUGUAUCAUGCAAUAUACCAGAAUUGUUUGUGUUUCUAUCAGAGGUGAUUUAAGAAAUACACGCAUGAAAAACCUUGUUUCUCAUCAGGCUCUUGGGUUGUGAUGGGAAUUAGGGGGGGAAUUGACAACUUAAGUACAUUGCCCUAUAUUGUUUUAGAAGGCCUUUAUAAUAGGGUUUUAUUUAUCUUGUAAAAUGUGUACAUUCAUGAGCAUAGCUAGGGGGGCAGGGGGGCAGUUGCCCCCCUAAAUCAGGUAAAUACCGUAUUUACUCAAAUGUACCCUUUUUUGGCCAAAUUACAUCACAAAAAUUAGCAUGCACAUUAGAUUUGAUGGUGCAUUAAAUUCGAUUGCAAGCUUGAAAAACACCGCUGACAUAGCAAAUACUUUCUGGGUUUCAAGGUUUUGAAAACUGAGAUGCGCGUUAGAUUCGAUGGCGCAUUAGAUUCACGUAAAUACGGUAAAUAAAAAUACUUAAACUAACUGACCAAUCACUUGGCAGAUAGCUGAGUUCUCCCCCGCCCUUCCAACAUAAAUUCUGGCUACGCCCAUGUGUAUACUGGUCAAUUGCAAGAAAGAAGAAAGAAAGAAAAAGAAAGGUUUAUGAUGCACAACUCUUCCUCUUCUUGCUGUCCUGACCAGGGCCAUCUCUCCCUGGGGUGCAAGGGGGGCGGGGCGCCAGGUGCCUGCUGCUGAAUCUACCUAAGCUCUUAAUUAUCUCCCUCUGGGAUGUCCAACCGGUCGACCACGAUUGCUGGGUCAUUUCCGUUCUCUUUUGCGGAAGAGCUGCAGAAUCAAUGUAUCUGGUGCCCCCCUCUUACAUCAAAAUUUGGGGGCACUGGGCGGAUCUUUGUACCCCGGCGGUGCAUAUGCUAAAGAUGGCCCUGGUCCGGACACACGACACACCCUUAUGGUGGAGAGAAGGAUUCUCUUGCUAGGUGACGCUAUGACCGUGCACCUUUAAAGCCCUUUGUGGCUUAGGGCCCUCGUAUCUAUGGGACCGCUUCUCCUGCUCUGCCCCGCUGAGGAGCUUAAGGUCCAUGAAUAACCAUAGUUUAGAGGUCCCGGGCCCUAAGGAAGUCGGACUUUCCUCCACCAGGGCCAGGGCCUUUUCAGUGAUGGCUCCAACCUGGUGGAAUGCUCUGUCCCAUGAGACUAGGGUCCUUCAGGAUUUAACUUCCUUCCGUCAGGCCUGUAAGACAGAGCUAUUCCGCCUGGCCUUUAAUUUGAAUUCAGCCUGAUCUUUUAUUUCCCUUCUCUUCCCUCCCCCUCCCCUUUUAUGACGAUCACCCGCUCUGAGACCCCACAGCUAAUUCUCCCCUGGCCUCCUCGCUGGCCCAAGUAGGACAAAUUCAGCCAGCUAGCCCUGGGGAUUAUCUAACUGAUUUCUGAUUUUUAUUGUUAUUCAUGUUUUUAUACUGUAUUUUAUGCUGCUUUUAUAAUUGUUUUAAAGUGUUUUAAAUUUGUUGUUAGCCACCCUGAGCCCGGCUUUUGAACCGGAAAGGGCAGGGUAUAAUUAUUAUUAUUAUUAUUAUUAUUAUCAUCAUCAUCAAGGCAGUGAUGGCUAGUGCCCUUUGAGGUUAGUUGGGCCGAAGGCAGGGAGACCAACAGCAGCUGGAGCCAGAGGCACUGUCUUAAUUCUAGUCCCCUCCCCCCCUUCUGCCCUGCUGAGUUCCACAGGAGCCACACUGAGAUUAAAUGGGAGGAAGCCAAUAAGCAGAGCAAACCCUCCAUUGUGGUUGUGAGUAAGGAGGCAGAGCAGCAGGUGAACCGAGGGAGGGUUGGUGAAGCAGCGCCCCAUUGACCCAAGUGGACCAGCCUCUACUGCUUCAAAGUUUGCACUGCUAACUCCUUUUUUUAAAAAAAUUAAAAAUGGCUGCGUUGGGAACAUUUGUGGUAACGAUGCAAAUGUUAAAAUGAGAGCUGCACCGUUAAAUAAUAAUGAUGAUAAUAAUAAUAAUUAUUUAUUAUUUAUACCCCACCCCCACUCUGGGCAGCUUCCAACAAAGUAUUAAAAUACAGUGGUCUGUUAAACAUUAAAAGCUUCCAUAAACAGGGCUGCCUUCAUAGAAUCAUAGAAUGAUAGAAUCAUAGAGUUGGAAGAGACCACAAGGGCCAUCGAAUCCAACCCCCUGCCAAGCAGGAAACACCAUCAGAGCACUCCUGACAUAUGGUUGUCAAGCCUCUGCUUAAAGACCUCCAAAGAAGGAGACUCCACCACACUCCUUGGCAGCAAAUUCCACUGUCGAACAGCUCUUACUGUCAGGAAGUUCUUCCUAAUGUUUAGGUGGAAUCUUCUUUCUUGUAGUUUGGAUCCAUUGCUCCGUGUCCGCUUCUCUGGAGCAGCAGAAAACAACCUUUCUCCCUCCUCGAUGUGACAUCCUUUUAUAUAUUUGAACAUGGCUAUCAUAUCACCCCUUAACCUCCUCUUCUCCAGGCUAAACAUGCCCAGCUCCCUUAGCCGUUCCUCAUAAGGCAUCGUUUCCAGGCCUUUGACCAUUUUGGUUGCCCUCCUCUGGACACGUUCCAGUUUGUCAGUGUCCUUCUUGAACUGUGGUGCCCAGAACUGGACACAGUACUCCAGGUGAGGUCUGACCAGAGCAGAAUACAGUGGCACUAUUACUUCCCUUGAUCUAGAUGCUAUACUCCUAUUGAUGAGGCCCAGAAUUACAUUGGCUUUUUUAGCUGCCGCGUCACACUGUUGGCUCAUGUCAAGUUUGUGGUCAACCAAGACUCCUAGAUCCUUUUCGCAUGUACUGCUCUCAAGCCAGGUGUCACCCAUUUUGUAUUUGUGCCUCUCAUUUUUUAUUUUUUUUUGCCCAAGUGAAAUACUUUACAUUUCUCCCUGUUAAAAUUCAUCUUGUUUGUUUUUGCCCAAUUCUCUAAUCUGUCAAGGUCGUUUUGAAGUGUGAUCCUGUCCUCUGGGGUGUUAGCCACCCCUCCCAGUUUGGUGUCAUCUGCAAAUUUGAUCAGGAUGCCCUUGAGUCCAUCAUCCAAGUCGUUGAUAAAGAUGUUGAAUAAGACCGGGCCCAAGACAGAACCCUGUGGCACCCCACUAGUCACUCUUCUCCAGGAUGAAGAGGAACCAUUGAUGAGCACCCUUUGGGUUCAGUCAGUCAGCCAGUUACAAAUCCACUGAGUGGUAGCAUAGUCAAGACCGCAUUUUACCAGCUUCUUUACAAGAAUAUCAUGGGGCACCUUAUCAAAUGCCUUGCUGAAAUCAAGGUAGGCUACAUCCACUGCGUUCCCUUCAUCUACCAGGCUUGUAAUUCUGUCAAAAAACGAGAUCAGGUUAGUCUGACAUGACUUAUUUUUCAGAAAUCCAUGCUGACUAUUGGUGAUCACAGCAUUCCUUUCUAGGUGCUCACAGACUGUUUGCUUAAUGAUCUGCUCCAGAAUCUUCCCUGGUAUUGAUGUCAGACUGACUGGGCGGUAAUUAUUUGGGUCCUCUCUUUUCCCCUUUUUGAAAAUAGGGACAACAUUUGCCCUCCUCCAGUCUGCCGGGACUUCGCCUGUUCUCCAGGAAUUCUCAAAGAUGACUGCCAGUGGUUCUGAGAUCACAUCUGCCAGUUCUUUUAAUACUCUUGGGUGCAGCUCAUCUGGCCCUGGAGACUUGAAUACAUCUAAACUAGCCAAGUAUUCUUGUACUAUCUCCUUAGUUAUUCUGGGCUGUGUUUCCUCUGCUGAAUCAUUUGCUCCAAAUUCUUCAGGUCGGGCAUUGUUUUCUUUAUCGGAGAAGACUGAGGCAAAGAAGGCAUUGAGGAGUUCAGCCCUUUCUGUGUCCCCUGUUUGCAUUUCACCAUCUUCUACUCUGAGUGACCCCACUGUUUCUUUGUUCUUCCUUUUGCUACGAACAUACCCAUAAAAGCCUAUUUUGUUGCUUUUAACCUCUCUAGCAAGCCUGAGUUCAUUCUGUGCUUUAGCUUUUCUGACUUUGUGUCUACACGUGCUGGCUAUUUGUUUGAAUUCCUCUUUGGUGGUUUCCCCUUUUCCAUUUUUGUACACAUCCUUUUUUAAUCUUAACUCAGUUAAAAGUUCUUUAGAUAGCCACCCUGGCUUCUUUAGGCACCUUCCAUGUUUCCGUCUCAUUGGUAUUGCCUGAAGUUGUGCUUUUACUAUCUCCCUCUUAACAAACUCCCAGCCAUCAUGAACUCCCUUUCCUUUUAGUAUUACUGUCCAUGGGAUCUCACCCAGCACUUCCCUAAGUUUUAUGAAGUCGGCUUUCUUAAAGUCAAGAAAUUGAGUCCUAGUAUGCUUGGCUGCUCCUUUCCACUGUAUAGUAAACUUCAGAAGAGCAUGAUCACUCGCGCCUAAUGAUCCUUCCACUUCUACCCCACUAACCAGGUCAUCUACAUUGGUUAGGACCAGAUCUAAAAUGGCUGUUCCUCUUGUUGCUUCUCCCACUUUCUGGACAAUGAAGUUGUCUGCAAGGCCAGUGAGGAAUCUGUUUGACCUUAUGCUCUUGGCUGAGUUUGACAUCCAACAAAUAUCCGGGUAAUUGAAGUCCCCCAUUACUACUAUCUCCCUUCCUUUUGCAUGCUUGGCCAUCUGUUCCAGGAAGGCAUCAUCUAUGUCCUCCGUUUGGCUUGGGGAUCUAUAGUAAACUCCCACAAUGAGGUCCCUGUUAUUCUUCUCUCCCUUUAUUUUGACCCAAAUGCUCUCACUUUGGCUUUGAGGUUCUAAAUCUUGGAUCUCUUCACAGGUAUACACAUCCCUGACAUAUAACGCCACUCCUCCUCCUUUCUUGUCUGGUCUGUUUCUCUGAAAUAGAUUGUAUCCCUCCAUUAUUACAUUCCAAUUGUGGGACUUAUCCCACCAGGUUUCAGUGAUGCCUAUUAUGUCAUAUUUAGUUUGCUGUACCAAGAGCUCAAGCUCAUUUUGUUUAUUUCCCAUGCUUUGCGCAUUAGUGUACAGACAUUGAAGUCCAUUAAUCAUUCCCCCGUGACUCUUAUUUAAGGAUUUUUUCCUCCCACCACUAGGUCUGCGUGCUGUUUGCUCCAUUUGGUCUAUGACAUUUGGAUGAUCAUCUUCAUCAAUUGAUAGACUCCUACCUUCAGGAGCACUGUCUCCCUCCCCACAUUAGUCAGUUUAAAGCCCUCCUGAUGAGGUUUCUGAGAUUUUGGCAAAAACAUUUCUCCCAACCGUUGUGAGGUGCAGCCCAUCGCUUGCCAGAAGUCCAUCUUCAAGAAACUGCAGUCCGUGAUCUAAGAAUCCAAACCGUUCCUGUUUACACCAUUUGCGAAGCCAGCUGUUCACUUCCACUAUUUUUCCCUCUCUCCCUGGGCCACGUCGUUCAACUGGGAGGACAGAUGAGUUGACAAUUUGUGCAUUUAAUUGCUUCAAUUUCCUGCCCAGAGCCUCGUAGUCUCUUUUGAUCUUCUGGAGGCUAUUGCUUGCAGUGUCAUUGGUUCCCACAUGAACCAAGAGGAGGGGGUAUUUGUCAGUGGGUUUUAUGAUUCCUUCAGCUGUCUUCUAAAAGUCUGGUAGUUGUUGUUCUCUUUGACAUCUGGUGGGAGGGCGUUCCACAGGGCGGGCGCCACUACCAAGAAGGCCCUCUGCCUGGUUCCCUGUAACUUGGCUUCUCGCAGUGAGGGAACCGCCAGAAGGCCCUCGGUGCUGGAUCUCAGUGUUAGGGCAGAAUGAUGGGGGUGGAGACGCUCCUUCAGGUAUACUGGACCGAGGCUGUUAAAGCGAAACCCAAACGCUCUGUGGACAAUGCGCUAAUUGCACAUGACAGUUAUCUUCUGGUUUAUCUGAACAGGAUCCUUAGUUAUUGGCCCAGCACCGACUGACAAUUCCAUCCCAUCUUGGGCGAAACCUACGGUGAAACCUCAGGGUCCGUUAGCUGCUGUCAUGGGUCCAACUAUUUCUGCCAUACAUGCAGGUAAUAGAUGUUGGACUCUUUCCCUCCCCCCAUUUUUAUAGCCAUCUGGGUUUCCCCCCCUUUAAGGUGGCCGUGUGUCCUCCUUUACAAAGGGCAGUCCCCUGUCUGAAGGGUUGUUGGCUCAAAUCUAGUUUAAAGAUACAGAACCAGAGAGAGCAUCAGGGGCAUUAAAACUUACUCCUCUACUGCCAUCUGAGCAUGUGCUAAUUUAGAAAUAGUUACUGUGAUUUAAGGGACGCGGGUGGCGCUGUGGGUUAAACCACAGAGCCUAGGACUUGCCAAUCAGAAGGUCGGUGGUUCGAAUCCCCACAACAGGGUGAGCUCCCGUUGCUCGGUCCCUGCUCCUGCCAACCUAGCAGUUCGAAAGCAUGUCAAGUGCAAGUAGAUAAAUAGGUACCGCUCCGGCAGGAAGGUAAAGGGCGUUUCCGUGUGCUGCUCUGGUUCGCCAGAAGCGGCUUAGUCAUGCUGGCCACAUGACCCGGAAGCUGUACACCGGCUCCCUUGGCCAAUAAAGUGAGAUGAGCGCCGCAACCCCAGAGUCGGUUACGACUGGACCUAAUGGUCAGGGGUCCCUUUACCUUUACUGUGAUUUAGAUGCAUCUUGUCAUAAUGGAGGAAACUGUGAUGAGGGGCCUUGUCUAGCUGCUCAGACUGCAGCUACGUCCGGGUUUUCCAACACAUUUUGCUGCCCAGUUCCCAUGCGUCCAGGAAAACCCAUUGAUUGACCUCUGACACUUAAAGUAUUAUGAUGCAUUCUGUUCCAGUGAUAUAAACAUGGGCCAUUUUUUAAUGAGCAUGGGGCCAUUAAAAAAAAAAGACACUUCAAGAAUUAAUUGCAUUUGGGUGUUAUUGUUGUUGUUUUUAAAAAACAGCAGCAGCCAUAACUAAGAAAUAUGCAAGAAUUAUGCCUGCAUUGACAUAAGAACAUCCCACUUUAUAUUGUGGAAUAAGGAAAUUUUUAUACUGGCAACAUAAAACCAGGGUUUGUCGUUGUUGCAUAGACUACUGAUAUCUUUGAGAUAGGACAUUUUAUUUAUUUCUUACCCUGAUAUAUCCCCCAUAAAGCAUUAGCUUUUAGGAUAAAUAAAGAAAACAAUGCCCAGCCAUGAAUGAAGAUGGCAAUUAGUGUGUUACUAACAAUGCGGUUGGUUCUAAGUCAUCAUUCUACGGCCAACGCCUCCAGUAUUGCCAAGGACACCUUUGCUGCGAUGAGUAACUGAAACGCAGCUGCGGUUUCCAUUCUGACAAUAUUUCCUUCUUCCAAAAGUAGAUUGCUGCUGAUCAGAAGGAUAAUUAUAUUUCCCCGAUCUUCUCCCACAACAGGACCUUUACUUUUAGCCCAGUCCAAGCCUGGUCAUUCCAACACAUCCUUGGGCACAAAGAACCUACCUCAAAGCGGGAUUCAUGCAGGUAGAAGAUACUGUGCUGGAUUUCCAUCUCACUGUCUCUGAACUCAGCUGGGAGGAGGGCAGAGGCAAAACUAGAAAUAGUUGCCUCUCUGGCGCCACCUACUGUCAGUCUUCCUGCUUUCUGCCCUUGGCUCUGGCUACACCUACUGUUGAUCUUCCUGCUUUCUGCCACCACUGUACGGGGAUGAAUGUGAACAUGGGAGCGAUGGAGUUUUUAGGGGGUUACAUUUGAGUAGGGGAAAGGGUGUCCCUUGGUUUCAGCCUGGGGUGUACAUGUUCUCUUUUUAUUCCGUAUCCCCAGCUAAACCAGGGGGCGUCCCACUGACAUAAAUAGAAAUGAUGCGAGGAAAUCGGAUCUUUCCAUGUGUUGCAAUAAAUCUGUGCUUUCUUUAAUAGAUCUAUGGGGGGAGAGUGUGGAGUAAUAAUAAUAAUAAUAAUAAUAAUAAUAAUAAUAAUAAUUUUUUAUUUAUACCCUUCCGAGUUCAGAAAACUGGGCUCAGGGUGGCUAACAACAAAUUUAAAACACUUAAUUGAUGCAACAAAAAGCAGCAUAAAAUACAGUAUAAAACGUGAAUAGCAAUAAAUUGUUGUGGGGUUUAAGCUAGUCCAGCAAAGUUGGAUGUGCUUUGUCUGCCCAUUGUCUAAUCCAGUACUGAUGGGUACACAGAGAGGAAAUAUUUAACCCUCUUCUUUUGCCAAUGAAGCUCUCCCCCACAGCUGCUACCCUCGGGCAGGAAACUUCCAGGGGUGGGGGAAGGUUUCAGAAGCAUGGAAAGGGUUAACUCCUUGCAUGCCACAAUCCCAAUUCUUUUUUGCACCUGUGGCUGCUAUAGUUAAAGAACACCGGACACAUUAAAUGAUUCCAUGCAAUUAACAUCAUGCGCUUUUCUGUUUGGUCCUAAAAUCCAGAGAACAAUUUAACGGAUGCUCAGGCUGGGGUUUGUUGGUCGCACGUUGCAGAGGAGUCACAUAUUCUAACAAUUCGAAAGAAGGAAGUUUGUGCCACUUCCAAAUAGUUUUGUUUUUGGAGGAACCACAGUAGUGCAUGGACAAGUCAAUUGGCCCAAAACUGGGUGUUAUUUGUAAAGCGCUGGCGCGAAAAGCUCCAAGAUCAAGUUGGUGGUAUUGCAAAGUUUGUUUUCUCUUAGAGCUCCCUUUGGGAUGUGGUGUGGGGGGGGGUUGUUUUCAAUUACAGUGGUACCUCGGGUUAAGUACUUAAUUCGUUCUGUAGGUCCGUUCUUAACCUGAAACUGUUCUUAACCUGAAGCACCACUUUAGCUAAUGGGGCCUCCUGCUGCCACUGCGCCACAGGAGCACGAUUUCUGUUCUCAUCCUGAAGCAAAGUUCUUAACCUGAAGCACUAUUUCUGGGUUAGCGGAGUCUGUAACCUGAAGCGUAUGUAACCUGAAGCGUAUGUAACCCGAGGUACCACUGUAAUGCAGAGUUUGGAAAUAGCAAAAACCCAUUUGCAGGUGCAAUGUGUGUCACACAGGGCAUGAAUUAAGAGUGGCAUUGCGGGGUGUAAUUCAUGAUUGCUCUGUGUGUUCUCUUUUGCAGUUCAGUUUUGAGAUCAGCCUGUCUGAUUCUCACUUAUGUCUUUGCCCUUUUGCCAUUGCUUUGGGCAGUGAUUCCCAAACUGGGGGGUACUGCCCCCCCAAGGGUCAACACAGUUACAGAGGUGGGGGUGGGGUGGGACUAAUAGACUUUACGAAGGUGGCAUCACUGAAUCAAGUUCAUCAGUUUCGUUGACUUAACUAAACUAAAUAGCUUUAACUGAAUUUUGAAUGAAUGGCCAAUUGAUUGUUGCUGUUUGGGCUUUGUUGUCUUAUUACUGUGGCUUCUGCUAUUCUAGAUAAGGCUUUUUACAGGGUAGGGGGCGCUGCGGAUGAGUUCAUGGAACCAAGGUUUAGGUGGCCAAAAAAAGGUUUGAGAACCAUUGGAUUAAGAACUUCUUUGCAGAAGAUUGACAGUUUUAGGAAGGACCUCAAUGCAAAUUGUGAGCUGCCCAGAGUGGCAGGGGUACAAAUAAAUUUAUUAUUAUUGUUAUUAUUAAUUACAUUCUAUUGCAUAAGCAAUGGAAGAUUUUUUUACUUAGCAAAUACUUUUGGUACUCACCCAUGCAUCGAUCAUACACCAUUUGUUUCUGUCUGCAGUCGACAACGAUCCCCAUUUCAUCAUCAACCUGCCGAGGCAGCAUAAGAACAUCUGCUUCAAUAUAGAUUCCGAACCUGGAGCGAUCCUGAACUUAAUUUCAGAUGCCAAGUCCGGUAAGGGAGAAAAAAGUGCCAUUCUGCAGCUAUUUUGUGCAUUUGGAAACAGUCAUAGAAACAUGGGAGUUCCGAAACGUUCAGGGGGAUGAAAUUGUAAGAGCCAGUGUGGUGUAGUGGUUAAGAGCGGUGGACUUGUAAUCUGGUGAACCGGGUUCGCUUCCCUGCUCCUCCACAUGCAGCUGCUGGGUGACCUUGGGCCAGUCACACUUCUCUGAAGUCUCUCAGCCUCACUCACCUCACAGAGUGUUUGUUGUGGGGGAGGAAGGGAAAGGAGAUUGUGAACUGCUUUGAGACUCCUUAAGGGGAGUGAUAAAGCGGGAUAUCAAAUCCAAACUCUUCUUCAAACUCUUCUAAGAGACCAAAAAAAGGAAAGCCUGGAUUGCAGUACAUCUGCAGAAACGCCAACACUGCUUUCUUUCUCUUUUGUAGGGAUUGCUGUCAAUGGGCAGCUGGUUGGGGCCAAGAAGCCCUUGAACAACAAGUUGCACACCUACUUUGGCAAGAUCGGGUUCAAUUUCGAAAAGAAAGGCUUGAAGAUUGAAGUCAGCACUGAGGGCAUCAGCUUGAAGGAUGGCUCCUCCACCACAUCCCUCUCCUGGUCCAAUUUAGGAAGCCUCAUUCGAAGGAGGUAAUAGGGAAAUCGGAUGAGCAUCAGGGCUUCCCUAGACUUGUUGAUCUCCCUAGGUGGGGGAGAGUUAUUUUAGGUUGUGUGCCCCAACAGUGAUCUGCAGGUUGCCUGUGUGUGUUCCUGAAAUUUUAUUGGAGUAUUUGCAUUCCAACCCACCCCCACCUGCCCUACACCUGGUGGUGUCAUAAACGGCCUCAGGUGUGGGGCAGGGAAAGAGACUUGCAUGGCACUAUGCGAGCCCCCCAAAUCAGCAAUGCCACAAUACAGAUCUGCAUUGGCUCCCAGUACGUUUCCGAGCACAAUUCAAAGUGUUGGUGCUAUCCUUUAAAGCCCUAAACGGCCUCAGCCCUCUAUACCUGAUAGAGCGUCUCCACCCGCAUUGUUCAGCCCGGACACUGAGAUCUAGUGCUGAGGGCCUUCUGGUGGUUCCCUCAUUGCGAGAAGUGAGGUUACAGGGAACCAGACGGAGGGCCUUCUCGGUAGUGGCGCCCGCCCUGUGGAACGCCCUCGCUUCAAAUGUGAAGGAAAUAAACAGCUAUCUUAUCUUUAAAAGACAUCUGAAGGCAGCCCUGUUUAGGGAAGUUUUUUAAUAUUUAAGGUUGUGUUGUUUUUAACACUCGAUUGGAAGCCACCCAGAGUAGCUAGGGAAACUCAGCCAGAUGGGUGGGGUAUAAAUAAUAAAUUAUUAUUAUUAUUAUUAUUAUUAUUAUUAUUAUUAUAUAAGGUGUGUGCUGGUUUGUAAUCACACAGCUCAAAGAUGGAGUUAACUCUUUAUCAGCAAAGACACAGACUUGGUUGAGUGUCAGACCUAAUGAGCAGAACACCUCAUUCCUGGUGCUCGUAUUGCAUGAAAAUCAGUUGCCAAGACUGAAAGUCCCAUUCUCCUCAUAGCUGUUUAAAUUCACUACUCUAGCCACUACACCGAGGGUAGUCAACAUGCAAUCCUCCAGAUGUUGUUGGACUACAAUUCCCAUCAGCCUCAGCCAUCACAGCCAGGAAUGAUGGGAGUUGUAGUCCGUCAAAAGAUAUGGAGAGCACUGCAUGGACUAUCCCUGCUCUACACCAGGCGUCCCCAAACUUGGCCCUCCAGAUGUUUUGGGACUACAAUUCCCAUCAUCUCUGACUACUGGUCCUGUUAGCUAGGGAUGAUGGGAGUUGUAGUCCCAAAACAUCUGGAGGGCUGAGUUCGGAGAUGCCUGCUCUACACCAUAUGGCUGAGGCUGGAUGGUGACGCCAUGUUGCAACCAAGACAGCGUUUGACAGGUUUACGGGACACGACAGCUAGAUUCUGUUUGGUUCACAAUGAGAUGGCCAAAGCCCAACCAAAUGUGUUUCUGAGUAGAAGACUCAGAACACACUACUCAUGCAUCUACUUGGCGUUUCUCGUAGAGUGCUGGUCUCUGUGAAGAGCGACAACAAAGUCAAUAUCACGGUGGAUGGGGACUUGUCCUUUGUGGUCGUGCUUCACCAUGUAUGGAAGAAGCAUCCAGUCAAUGUUGACUUCCUAGGAAUCUACGUUCCUCCUGCAAGCAACUUCUCCUCCAGUGUGCACGGCCUGAUCGGUAAAGUCUCCUUGGAGGCAGGGAGUCGGGUUCAGUGCUGCUUGUUGCUGUGUAUACAUGGGUCCUUGUGAAAGCGAUGAGCUUUAGGGAAAAGAGGAAAUGCUCAAAACCAGGGUGGGCGGAAGUUAAAGAUGGUGGUUCCUCUUUAGAAGAACAGAAUUCUCACCUGAACCAUUCUGAAUGUUGUUACUGUGGUCACAGGCAGGACCAGAUUUAGGUGUGAUGAGGCCCUAAGCUACUGAAGGCAAUGGGGCCCUUUAUAUGUCCAGCUGUCCUUUGUCAACAACAAAUUGCCACUGUUUUUUUCUGUUGAAUAUAUGCUAUCUGGUAAUUUAUGGACCUAAUAGGUAUCCAAAGCCAUUUGCACAUAACAGUCCAUGCAGAAUGUAGGCACCCUAUAUAUAGAAAUAAGCAAACCAGUGAUAUUUUAGGGAGCAGGCUAGCAGGCGGGGCCCAUUACUUACGUCAUAGAAGCCUACACAACACAAAACACUGUUGCUGUAUGUAGGUUUUAUUUUAUUUGUUUUUUAUCUUAUAUUUUGGAAAUUUACAUCCAGGGUUUUUUUCCCCUUUAAUUUUUUGGGGGCCCCCAAGAGAGUGGGGCCCUAAGCUAUAGCUUGUUUAGCUUACAUGUAAAUCUGGCACUGCCUCAGCCAUGGCCCUUCCCAGCUGUCGUAAGUGUAUAUGGCUCACAGGGUUAAACUGGCAACAUUUACUACAUUUACAACAGGUCCCCGAUCCCACAUCAUUUUCAAUGUAAAAUGGAUUGGGGAAACAAUGGCUAUACUAGAUCUGCAACCGUUAUGACUCCUGCCUGCAAAUAUUUCGGGGUUAUAGUUGUGCAAGGGGCAACCCUCUUUAACAAGUGUUUCCACGUCUACAAAUGCGCUUGUGGGGGGCACACACAGCCCCCCAGGGCCGCCUAAUGUCAAGUGAUGAUUCUCCUCCACCAGGGCAGUUCAUGCUGGAGCCGGACGUGCACAUCUAUAAUGAGCGGCCUGGACAAGAUCCAGGGAAAGCUGAUGCUACCAUGGAAGUGAAAGGCCACAAACUCACUGUCACCAGGUAAACCACUUGAGUUAGCUGAAACCAAAGCCUCUCAACCUCAGAGAUGCUCAGAAUUGGAUGUAAAGAUGUAGUUUUGCUUACAGUGUUCAUGGUUUAUUGUGGAACAGGAUGGGACAGAAUUUCACACUGUAGUGAGGAGGAAAGCUGAGUUGUGUACAAUAUAAAAUCCAACCACACGGCAGUUUUUUUCCAGGGUCCUCCCAGGCUUUGGGAAACUCCACAUAUUUUUAUACUGAAUCAAAAGUUCCAAAUCCUGCAAAGUUUCCCAUUUUGGGGAAAUGGAGGUUCUGUCACCCUUGUCAAGAGUUCAUGAGAGCCGACACUUUUCAACUGAUUGUCCCAUAGAUUUAGUAAAGAAACUGCUGUGAAGUUGGAUUAGGGCGUUUUGAGUAUUUUGGUCAUUCCUUGACAAACCAGCCUCCAGACUUGGGCAGCCCCACUACAGGUGAAGAAAGGUUCCUCUUUUUCGACACCCUAAAACGGUUCUGAACCCGUUUUCCCCUAACAAACAGCAUCCUGGCAACCACAGAUUAGUGAGGACGAUGAGAAGACUAUUCUUGCAUUCAGCUUUGUUGCAUGCCAGUGGUUUUAUUUAUUUGAUUUUGCUUUACUUGCAGAGGUCUGCAGAAAGACUACCGCCUGGACCGCGUCUUUGGGACUGCUGUUCGUUGCUGGUUCGUGCACAACAGUGGGAAGGGCUUUCUCGACGGACACUACACAGAUUACCUCGUUCCCACUUUAUACAGCUAUCCAAAGCAUCCUUGAAAGGAUGGGCAGGCCUAAAGCAGAGGCAGGAGAUGGCCAGCAUCUGAUUGGCCAAGGCUCUUCUCCACCCACCCCGCUGGUGAUUUGCUUGUGAACCUGACUUUCCAGGUGAAAACCCCUUUUCCAAGAGAAAAGCCCUGGCAGGCUAGAUGCAGCCUGCAGAUCCCGCACUGCCCACCCCAGCACAAUGAAACCUUCUCCCCACUAAAGACAGCAAACAUCUCUCUGCUCAUCUAGGGUCCUCCAUAACCUUUUUGGGUGUCAUGGAAAAGCAGAAAAGCAACUGGCAUACAUUGUGGAGUUUGAAAAUAAGGCCAAGUAAGAUAUGGCCAUCAUAUAUGUAUGAAGAUUAGUCGUCCUGGUAGGAAAAAUAUAUUUUUCAAAGAGAAUAAAAAUCUUCCUUUUGGGGAUGA